GCACGGUGCUGCUGGGUGGGGCUGCAGGAGGCAGAUAAGACCCCCACGCUGGAGCUUAUCUCUGAGAACCGAGAAGCACCAUGCCCUGCCAGGCAAAUCCACCACACGGCCCACCGUCUGCGUCUAGCCCCUGAUUUAUUAACGACAUCAUUAAUGCCAGACAGGUUACGUGCACCGACUCUCCGACGAGAAGGGAAAUGUGAAAAACAAAUAAAGUCUAAAUUCCUGGAUGUUCAAGUCAGUCGACCGCCCCAGUGCCUAAAGAGCCUAGGCACCGGUUGGUUGGUUGACGUGUUUUGAAAGUGAGGAGGUUGUGUGGUGAUGUGAUGUUUACCAGGUAGUGUUGCAGCCUAUGCAAGGGCAAGGAGAGCUAGCUCAGAUCUUACCUCUGGGCUCCACUCCUCAGGGUCCCAGGAAUUCAAAUGAUUGUAUUUUUGUUGUUUCGCUCAAACGUGCUGCUGCUCACCAGAAUAAUGAUAUAGAGAAACACAACUAGACAAAUGUGGAAAAAAGCCAAAUAAUGAAUCUUGAAAAUGGUGUGGCUGGGCUAGAUUUUUUUUAUUUAACAACAAAUUCUUAUUUACAAUGACGGCCUACCCUGGCCAAACCCUCACGACGCUGGGCCAAUUGUGUGCCGCCCUAUGGGGCUCCCGAUCAUGGCCGGUUGUGAUACAGCCUGGGAUCAAACCCAGGUCUGUAGUGACGCCUCUAGCACUGCGAUGUAGUGACACCUCUAGCACUGCGAUGCAGUGCCUUAGACCGCUGCGCCACUCGGUCAACCUAUGCUCUGUGAAAGGUAGAUUUUGCAGUUGUUCUACUACCUACAGACUCCAUUUCUUCAAGAUGUGUGUGUACUUGGGUGUAUGUAAGUGUAUGUAUUACUACCAAUGAGGUGGCAUAGCUACUAUGCAUAGCUAUUCAAUAAUAAAUAUGUUAAUUGAAUGUAUCAAUAACAACACUUUCAAUUCAUCUAUACAGGUGGUUGUUGUUUGAUAAUAAAUACAGUACUUUACAAUUCUGACCAGAAAUGUUAACAUUACUUCUUUCAUCUGAUAACAUGGUUUUUGCAGUCAUUAUAUUUCCUUUGAUCAGAAGCCACCCUAACAGGUGUCUGGCGUGCCGUUGACAAAUGAACGCUCACUACCUUGCUCCGGUUAGAAUUAAUAAACAAUCACGUGGCAUGUGAAACAUGAACAAACACACCCAGUGCAUAAUUAGCACUCAGUAUUAGCAUAUCAAAUGCCAAGGAGCUUUUCAGGGCUGCUGUGCUUUCUUAAGAUAAUGUGCGUCUGUCUGGAAUCUGUAUGGGACCAAAUGAGGGUUUUAGAAACAGCACUGUACAUAGAGAACAUGGCACCUAGUCCUAAAAGAACCCUAGCACUGGCUUUUGGACCUUACUAGCUGUUAAUGCUUACUAAUGAAAAGGUUACAGGAUCUUUUGCCUACGUCUGUGUGGAAAUGUACUGCACAUUGAUCCCCAAAGGGCUUUUUCCUGAGAUGCAUACGGCUUUGCCAAACUGGCCGGCCAGCAGUGCGGUGGGAAGGAGGGAAGUGAGGGGGGAGGUGGGAGGGAGGGGGGCGGUGGAAAGAGUGACUGGUCCGACAGGUUUAUGUGUCCCCGCGGGCUGUAUUCUGUGGACCGGGCUGGACCCAGAGGAAGGAACAGAGCCAGCUGUGUGACGGCAUCCUGCUGGCCACAGAGCUUCAGGAACUCUGGGCCUGGAUUCAUAAAGUAAUGUCUCAGAGUGCUGGUCUAGGAUCAGUUCCCCCCUUUCUAUAUAACCAUAUCAUUAUGAUCUAAAAGGUCAGAACUCUUACUCUGACAUGUGUGUGAAUAUAGGCACUAUCAAAGUCCCAGUGUUUCUCCACCUCCUCCAACUCCUCCACCUCACCUCCCAGGGGUUGUUGUUGUUGGCCAGGCCAGGGGGAUGGUGUCUGGGCUGGGGCGGUAAGGGCCAGAGCAGCCCCCCCCCCCCCCCCCCCCCCCCCCCACACACUUCUCCAGCAUGGGGAGUUCACCACCCACCAAGAAAGAUUUCCUCCAAAAAUAAACCUGCAGUAUUUUUCGAAGCAUUUUUUAAAGCUGGAAGGUGGUGGUUUCAUAAAUUCAUUUUUAUGUGCAGGAUGGGUGUCGUUUUCAGGGUCUCUUAGGGUACCAGCUGGAUUGUGCUUUGGCAGGACAAACACUACGGUGUGUGUGUGUCCAUAUGUACUGUAAUAGCAUGGAGUCUAACCCAUAGUGUCAGGUAUAUGGAGAUGUCCUCUUAUGCUUCAGAGCAGUGGGUUGGGGUUUGAGGGGAUUGGCGUGGGGUCGCUCUACUGCUGUGAAUGUAAAGGUCACCCAAUCUAUACAUCUCACACCUUCCCACUUUAUUGAUUGGCUGGGGGGAGGAGUCAGUCAAUCAAUUUGAUCAGAGAUGGAGUCUCUCCUAACAGAUAGCCACCCGGCUUGUGGUUGGUUAGAAUUCUGCAGAGGGCUGUGCAGUGUGCCAGCUUUGGCCGUGACUAUGCGCUAAACUGAGGCAUUAAAACCCCUGAUUGAAUAGUAACUCGCCACCUGUGGUACUAUAGCCCAGCGCUAAAUCAGUCACUGUUUUAAAAUGAGCAAAGAACCAACCACCUGCGGUCUUCACUACUACCAACCUUUACAGCCACAAUAACAUCCAGCAAUUGAAUUCAGCUUCAUUCUAUAUUCACUGGAUGUACACUAAAAAACUAAUCAAAUUUAUAAAAAUAGCUCAAAGGAAUUGUCAACCAAGAAACACUGGGUUGUUGUAAAUUGAGAAGAUUAGGACAACAUGUGCCCUUUGUCAAAGCAUGAGGCAUCUUGCUUUUCUCCACAUCGUGGGCUGGGGUUUGUUCAACAUAUUCCACAAAUAGUGUCAACACACCAAAAACCUAACGUGUGAUUGGAUUUUAAUUCAGUAGCAUUAUUAUUCCUGUUUCCCAUUGGCCAUUCAUUACUCUCACAUGGCGCCUGUGUGGGCGGUGAUCGCCCAAUCAGCAUCCGGACCUUAUUCCAGAGAGCAUGCUUCCGUUUGCAUCCCUUAAACCCUGUGAGAUCCUCUCUCUCUCGGUACUCCACCGACGGAAUGCCUAAUUCCAAAGUAAACUGAUUGUUCUCUCCAACAAGAUUACACUGUGAUGAUGUUAUCCAAAUGAGACAGUGCUAUCUGCCAUGGAUGCAACCAGGGCGGGCUAGGAGGAGGAGGAUGCUCACCCCAAGAUGACUGAUGACCAUGCUAAGAGAAAUUAGUGAGGGAGGUGGGGGAAAAAGAAAGAACCCCCCCACAAGUGAGUUAGAGAGAUCGAAAGAGUGUGAGUGAGAGUUGUCGGAGUAGUGGUAAGCAGCAGAAAUGUAAUUUGCUUCUCACCUCAGGCGACUGGGCUCUGAGGCUAGUAAAUAUGCAAACAUGGCCAUCAAUAUGCACACCCUGGAUGAUUACUAAUCUCCACUGCAGAAGCAGACUACUGAGGUCCGUUCAGGAGCACCGUGUACCGUUCAAUGUGAGGAGGAGGAAGAGGAGGAGAGGAGGGGGCUAGAGGCCCAUGCAGCCACAUCUCCAGAUCAGUAGAUCAUGGUCAGAUCAUGACUGGUUUAGGCAGGGGCUUAUGAAAUGUGUAAGAUCAGGAGUUCCAUACCAGCUGGGCUCUGGGCUGCAUUCAACAUUUAUUCUUUUUUCAGAUGCUGGCAACAUUGUGCAACAGUUAUCUACAUUUGAAAACUGUUUGAACAUCCGGUCAAUAACUUAACCCUUUAGUCCCCAAUAUAAUUCUAGAAUGCUGCUGUAGAUUACUGAGAAUUUUCAAGAUAAAGUUAAUUUUCUCACACAUUUCAAACAAACAGACAUAGCUCAAAAACAAAGAAAAAAUGACAAUUACAAGUUAACAUAGAUGUAAAGAGCAUAACCUCUUCUUUAAAAUGACACAACACUCAUGUUGUCUUCCAUUGUGUAAAGACACUCACUAUCAAAAAAAGAUUACCACAACAACAAAAAAUGAAUCAGAGAGGUGCGUGGGACUGCCUUAAUCGACAUCAUCAGCGCUCGAGAAGCAGUUGUUGUGGGUUAACUGCCUUGCUCAAGGGCAGAACGGCAGAUUUCCCCACCUUGCCGGCUCAGGGAUUAGAGCCAGUGACCUUUCGGUUACUGGCCCAACGCUCUUAACUGCUAGGCUACCUGCCGACCCCCUCUCUGCUGUUCUCUCCCUCUUUCUGUUCCUCUCCCUCCUCCUUUCCCUCUCCAUGUUCCUCUCCCUCCUCUUCACUGUCCUCUUCCUCUCUCCCUCCACUCUCUUCUCGCUCAACACUUCUCUCUUCUCGCUCCACAUCUCUAUCCCCCCAAUCAUCUCUAAACACCGAUUUCACCCUGCCUUCUGCUGCUGAGCCCUGACUCUCCACAUCACUUCUCUCGCUUUCACUGAGAGAGAGUGAGAGAGAAAGAGAGAGAGAGAGAAUUGUGGUCAGGAUCAUAAUCUCUCUCUUUGUCUCUCUUUCACUCACACACUCUCCCUUCCUCUCUUUCUUUUUCUCAGCUAUACACAAGCUAAUAAUCACCUCUUAGUGGUUUCCAUAAAAAAUGGUGUGUUACAGUUACAACACACCUCCCAUUACUUACUAAUUUACACACACACACACACACACACACACACACAGUAUAAUCAUGUGGUACCCCAGGAAGAGUAGCUGCUGCAUGUGCAAUAGCUAAUGGGGAUCAUAAUGAACUCAACUAAAUCAUGAUGCUAAACAGCACUUUCAUUCAAUCAAUCAAUCAAAUCCCAUUACACACAAACAUAUUUAUACAGUACCUUCAAAAAGUAUUCACAACCCUUGACGCUUUUUUUUUUUCUCCAGAUGUUUUGUCACUGGCCUAUACACAAUACCCCAUAAUGUUUUUCAAAUUUUUUCAAAAUUAUUUAAAAAGGUAAAGCUGAGAUUUUGAGUCAAUAAGUAUUCAACCCAUUUUUUAUGGCAAUCCUUAAUAAGUUCAGGAGUAAAAAUGUGCUGAACAAGUAACAUAAUAAGUUGCAUGGAUCAAAUCAAAUCAAAUCACUUGCAAUAAUAGUGUUUAACAUGAUUUUUGAAUGACUACCUCAUCUCUGUACCCCACACACACAAUUAUCUGUAAGGUUGAGCAGUGAAUGUCAAACACAGAUUCAACCACAAAGACCAGGGAGGUUUUCCAAUGCCUCGCGAAGAAGGGCACCUAUUGGUAGAUGGGUAAAAAUAAAAUAAAAAGCAGACACUGAAUAUCCCUUUGAGCAUGGUGAAGUUAUUCAUUACACUUUGGAUGAUGUAUCAAUACACCCAGUCACUACAAAGAUACAGGCGUCCUUCCUAACUCAGUUGCCAGAGAGGAAGGAAACCGCUCAGGGAUUUCACCAUGAGGCCACUGGUGACUUUUAAACAGUUACAGAGUUUAUUGGCUGUGAUAGGAAAAAACUGAGGAUGGAUCAACAAUAUUGUAGUUACGCCACAGUACUAACCUAAUUGACAGAGUGAAAAUAAUAAAAAUAUUCCAAACAUGCAACCAUAAUAAAAAUAUUCCAAAACAAGGCACUAAAGUAAUACUGUAAAAAAUGUUGCAAAGCAAAUUAACUUUUUGUCCUGAAUACAAAGUGUUAUGUUUGGGGCAAAUACAACACAUUACUGAGUACCACUCUCCAUAUUUUCAAGCAUAGUGGUGGUUGCAUCAUGUUAUGGGUAUGCUUGUAAUCGUUAAUGCCUGGUGAGUUUUUCAAGAUGAAAAAGAAACAGAAUGUAGCUAAGCACAGGCAAAAUCCUAGAGGAAAACCUGGUUCAGUCUGCUUUCUACCAGACACUGGGAGAUGAAUUCACUUUUCAGCAGGACAAUAACCUUAAACACAAGGCCAAAUCUGAACUGGAGUUGCUUACCAAGAACACAGUGAAUGUUCCUGAGUGGCCGAGUUACAGUUUUGACUUAAAUCUACUUGAAAAUCUAUGGCAAGACCUGAAAAUCGUUGUCUAGCAAUGAUCAACAACCAAUUUGACAGAGCUUGAAGAAUUUUUUGAAAAAUAAUGGGCAAAUGUUGCAAAAUCCGGGUAUGGAAAGCUCUUAGAGACUUACCCAGAAAGACUCACAGCUGUAAUCCCUGCCGACGGUGCUUCUACAAAGUAUUGACCCAGGGGUGUGAAUACUUAUGUAAAUUAUAUAUUUUCUGUAUUUCAUUUUCAAUACAUUUGCAAACAUUUCUAAAAACAUGUUUUCACUUUGUCAUUAUAGGGUAUUGUGUGUAAAUGGGCGAGAAUUUUUUAAAAGUCCAUUUUGAAUUCAGUUUGUAACACAACAAAAUGUGGAAUAAGUCAAGGGGUAUGAAUACUUCCUGAAGGCACUGUACAGUAUCAUCACAAAGCUAUACAGCACUUGCAUUCAAUCAAUCAAUCAUCAAUCAAAAUGAUUUUAUAAAGCCCUUAGUGGCCAGAUUGUUUUUCAGUUCAUUGUGUGCGUAUGUGACCCGUUUCAGGAAGCUUGGCGUAUCUCGCACGUCACUACUUCACAGGAGAAAUGCCUUCUGGAACAUGUGAACUUUCAUGUGCCUUAAUAACAAACUUGUAUGCCACCUAUAAAUACAAAUAAUAUAAAUACAAAUACAAUUGUUAAGUUAUGAGUCUAGUUGGUUUAGCCACAGAAAAAGACAGGAACCUUCCCACUAGCCAUGAUUGGCUGAGAUAAUGGCUGGGCUGGACAUGCCCAGAGAUGAGUUCAGAUUGGUCUGCCAUGUAGCACGCUUCUGUCUAUAACAUGAGCUGCUCAGUAUGUGUAGAUAGUCCUUGCUACCGCUGCUUUUUUGGAAGAUAUAACGUUAGCCAUGGAGAACUGCAAAAGUUUUGCUACUGCUCUCAACAACAUUGCUACCCUGAAUUUAACAGGAGCUAUCAACAAAGAUCAGUGGGAAAAAGUUAUGAUGGACUACUUUCUGCACACGGUCAGUGUGAACCGGAGUGACUUGACACAACGGGGGCCAAACAAGCUGUACAAAUGGAAAUGACACAGGACGUCUUAGCUACUUAGUUAAAGGGGUUCCAGUCUGCUGUGAAGCGUUCAGUUUACAUUGCUAAUUAUAGUUAUUGCAUUGCUAGUUAUAGCUAGCUAGCUAACAUUGAACCUAGUUGGUUAGCUUUAGCUACCUGCAGAUUCAUACUACAGCAUUUCAUGCAAGAUGGCUAGCUAUGACAAUCAGUUUGUAUUGCUAGUAGUAUGGGUUGGGAAUAUGGUUAAUUGCUUAGCGCAUGACCUCAAAUGUGAAUCCUUAAAGAGAUGAGUGAGGCUAAGGCUUAAGAGGGUGUGAACGAUGCAGAAUAGGUGUAGACAAAGAAGAGCACUCCAGUAGGUGUACAAACACAUUCAAGGGUCAUUUUCUCAAAAGUGGGGUUACAGGUUUAUCAACUUCCAAAGCAGAAUAACUUUCCCAUUGUUCCUCAACUGCAGUGUAUGAUAAACCAUUUUGUAGUUCUGAGUCUGUAUUUUUAUGUAAAAUGUAAAAAACACAAUUUCAAAUUUUGCAACAUAAGACCGAAUCGAGGCGGUCGGUCACAUAUGUUUGUCAGACUUCUUUAUAAUCAGACAGGAUAGAGCACACACGAAGACGUUCAUAAAUAUGUUAAUAGAUUAUAACCAUAAAGGCUAUAUAUGGUACACACACUUCAAGACCCAUGGUCAGAUGACUUAGUUAGCUGGUUGUCUUUGUAGGGGGGGAGUGAGACGAUCAAGUGGGGGGAGUGAGACGAUCAAGUGACAGCGUCGCAAGCAAAGCACAAUGUUGCCGUCUCCACUCAACUGUCGUUUUCUUGCCUGACAGACAACUACAGAUUUAGAUAAUGAUAGCUGAUUAGUUACGAAGCUGGGACAGUUUCCAAAUGAAUAGCACCGGUAUAAACAGGACAAAACAAGCAAACUAUUAGCUGGCUAUGUAAACAAAUAUCAUUUAAACUCAAUAUCAUUUGAGCUCCCACUGCGCAGGCUUCUACCAUAACACGACAGCUAAACAUCUGUCAAAUAAUAGGAAAAUGAGGCAAAGUAUAGCCUAUAAAUAUCUGUAACUAGCAAACAUGACAAACCAUUACCUAAAUCCAACAGAUAAACACAAAUUACUCUCUCUAUUUCGUGGCUAGUUAGCUGGUUGUCUGUAUGCCUAACGUUAGGUAGUGAAAGUGACAGCUUGACGUUUCGCGAGCACUGGACACAUUUACAACCACACAACUUUUCUAGCUAGCCUGACAGACAAACCUGACCUAGCAAGCAGCUUGGGUCGUUUCCAUAUGAAUUACUUUGGUAGAAACAACAAAACAACCAACUAGUUAGCUGACUAUACAGGGCCUACAGCUAAACACUGCUCCACCACUGAUGUUCUCGUAUGUAUCAACCCGGUGACAGUGGCGGCUCCUGAAAAAAUUCUCAGGGGGGGCAAUUUUUCUGAUGAUUUAGGUGACCUACACACAUUUUUAAAAAGAUAUGUCCAGCAACAACAUGAAGACAGGGGCAGCAUAUAAGUCAAUACCAGAAGCAUUUAUUGACUGAUCUCAAAAGUGUUGGCUUACAAAAGCAAAAUAAGUUAUCACAGUAAAAAUAAUCAAGGGUGUUCUUUCACAUUCCUCAACACUGCAUAAACAAUAUGCAUUUCCAUAAACAAAUGAAAUAUCAGCUGAAAAUACAGCAUCUUGGUAUUUGUUCAGAUUGCAGGAUCAACAAGAGCUUUUACCACAUUUUUUGAUAUUGUUUAAUCUUACCUUAUGGCCUGCACUUGCUUGUGAAGCUGUCGAGGGCACGUUUGAUAAACACAGCAUCGAUGUCCUUCUUCUGUAGCUUCUGGUACAGAAUGUCGACGUGGGGCAUGAUUUUGUGAAAAAGCCGCAGGAAAAAAAUUAAAUCUUCAUCAUGUAGUAUCCUCACGUAGCCAGCUGCCUCUCUCAAGGUGUGCUGGUCAAAUGAACCCAAUGAACCCGUCCGGAUGGCUUCAAAACAUUCUAUGAGGUCGUCUCGAUUCUCGUAGACAGUGUUCACGACUCUGCUGUUGCUAACCUCAUCGUUGUGGCGGCGGACAGCUAGCCUGUAUCCCUCAUCCAGUUGAGUGGCAAUAUUCACUCUCCCAAAAGCAGACAAUCUCAAACAGCUAUCCAUGUGGGUCUUUGACAGCUCAUGUUUCUUAAUCUUUUCUGAAAGAUGGUGCAUGUCCGUUACUGCCUUGCCGCCUUCAGGGUGAAAGAGUAGUUUCUUAGUUACGUUCAUCGUUACGUUACGUAUGACGAAAGCGCGUAAGUGCAAGCCCUCAGAAACCCAUAGAGAUUGUAUUGAAAGCUCAGAUAUUUGAAAAAAAAAUAUUUUACAUUAGAGGCUAUGAGAGACUUCUGGGCGAUUUUCAACCUGACUGAAAUCGCCCCAAAACGGGCGGGGACAUUUGAAGCACGACUUUAGCAUGAUUGGACAUUUAUUGGCAGAUCAGGCGUCUAGAUUAGAACACUGAACUACUGUUGCUGUGAUAUAAUUGAUUAGAAAAAAAAUCCCUUCUUUUUCCCGUUUGGCAGUGCGUCGCCCAUAUCGCCCUAAUGAACACACCGCCCCUGCCCGGUGAUCAUGACAGAACUGGCUAAUCUGAGAGCUAUUCCCCAAAUUUCACACCAUCAAACAUCGACAACAACAAACAUACAGUACAUCUGGUGUUUAAUUAUUUCACUCACCUGUACAUCAUCAUGGCUUUCAAAUUGCAAGUACGUGUCCGAAUCGGGAUCACCAACCAACAUAGAUACAGCCUCUUGCACAGUGGCCUCUUCGGCGCCAUCAUUUUGAGUAAUGAAGUGAAAAGUCAUAUGACAGCGAAUAAGAAAACAGAAUGUUAGCAAGUUAAUUUUGCAAUAUUGAUCAAUAUAUUAUUGUUAGAAAUACAAGGCCAUUCGCGGCCGCUAUAGUAAUUUAAAGAAUGGCUGUUGACGGCCGCUGUGGGUUCUAAAGGGUUAAAGUAAAUUAACGUUGUUCUCAACUCACCCUUAGUCUCCUUAGAAUGGAGAACGGACUCAGUCCUCAUCUGUAUUAGCUCUGCUCUGACAAGGCCCAGUAGUUUACUAGCCAAUUGUAUUCCCUGUCUGUAAUCCGGGAUAAAACAGCCUAGAGGACAGACACACACACACACAGACACACAGCGGCAGGCAGGCAGCGGGCUGCAGUCAUUAGGUGUGUGCGUGGCUUACCCAGACAGCCAGAUAAACCAGAUGCCUCGUGAUGGCCAGGGGUCAUCUCUCUCUCUACCAGAACAUGCUGUUGAUGUCCUUGGCUUUCUCUCUCUCUCUCUCUCUCUCUCUCUCUCUCUCUCUCUCUCUUGCUCUCUCUCUCUCUCACUCUCUCUCUCUCUGUGUCUAUCUCUUUCUGUGUCUAUCUAUUUCUUUCUUCCCUCUCUCUCUCCCUUGCUCGGUGCUAUACAGCCAUCACACACAAAGGUGUGUUGGUGCUUAGUACUGAAGAACCUGUCAGUUAUCAGGAAGGAAGGGAGGAGACAGGGGAGUUGUCCAUGGCCCUAGUCUUAAUGCCUGAGGGUGUGCUACGUGUGGAGGAUAGCUAAUGCACACAAUAGCUACCUCAGUUUGCAGGUGAACACGUUCUCAUUUUGUGAGACUUAACUGUGUUUGAAUCACGGCUCCUGUGGGGAAAUAUGAUGACUUUCUAUGAUAAAAUGAGGUGUGUUAAAUGCAGCAAAAUGUAUAAGAACAUUUCUGUGAAACUCUGCAGCAGAACCUUGUAAAACACAUACAACCUAACCUUGGUGUAUGAUCUCUCUGACAUUGACUACUUUGCUAGGUUGGAGUAUCAGAGAGUGAGCUAUCUUUCCCCUCUCUCGGCGGUGAGCACAUACGGCUUGAGGAUGUUUACCUGGCAUGGUGCCUGUUGUAGCUACCCUCCUGUAGAGAAGAGCCUGGCCAGGCUAGGGUGUGUGUAUGUGUAUGUGCGUUUGUGUAUGAGACCAUUAGUAAGGUGUCUGAUCAUACUUUAUCUUCUCUGGAUGAGAUCUGUCUCCAAUGUUAGCUUUUAUUUUCAGGAAUCGAGGGGAAUGUGUAUGUGUGCGUGCGUACGUCCGCGUGCACGCUGCUAUGCUCUCAGUCGUGAACUGAACUAUCCAUCUAUUCGCCCAUCCAUCUUCCCUCCUUCCUUCCCUCCUUUCAUUUACUCAUCUAUCCAUUUAUCUAUCUCUGGCUGGUGGCUGAAGGGCCGUGUCUCUUUGUGGCCCUGGUAAUCUGGACCAAUUUCCUCUGCAAUUUAUUUCCCCGCCAACCUCUUCAAGCAGCAGCUGCCUCCUCAAGGUAGAGCCACUCAGCUUUACAAAACCCUGCUCCUUCCCCCCAAUCCCCAAACACAUACUUUCGUUUGUUUGUUGUUAAGCCAUCUCUCUCUGUCUGAUGUUCCUAUACAGGGAUUGGGUAGAAUUGUAUAUUGUCGUCCCUUUCUGCAUCACUAGCCCCUGAUACCUCAAAUCACAUUUGUUUCCCUUUCCUGUCAUCCCAUCCUUUAUAGCUUUCCAUUGUUUUCCUCUCUCUUUCUUAGCUAGUUUUUUAUUCUUCCAUUCUUAUAUACUAUACUGUAUCAUCCCCCUAUUCUUAAUUUCUCCCAGCCCUUUCUUUCUGCUUAUUUUUCCCUCUCCGUUUUCCCUAUUUAGCUCUCUUUGCCUCCCUCUUUUCUCUCUCUCUCUCUCCCUCCUUCCAUCCUGUCAUUCGCUCUCUGCCUGCCUCAUUUCUCUCCCUCCAUAGCCCUCUCUUUCUCCCUUUCUCUCCCUCCCUCGAUCCUGUCAUUAUCUUUAUCCGCCUCCCACCUUUCUCUCCCUUCAUCCCUCUCUCUCUCUCUCUCUCUCUCUCUCUCUCUCUCUCUCUCUCUCUCUCUCUCUUUCUCUCUCUCUCUCUCUCUCUCUCUCUCUCCAUCCUGUCGUUCUCGCUCUCCUUCUCUCCCUGCUUGGCUCCUCAGUAUUCCACUGCUGUCUCGUGUGGAGUGAUUUUGCCCAGACACGCCUGGCUCUGGGUAAAGUGCAGUCCCUAGAGAGCGUGCUCCGCAGCCCCCAGGUCGCCGGCACCAUGAAUACAUUAUGAUCCCCAUUUCCAUCCUGUUGCCACGGCAGCACUUUCGGAGGAGCCGCAGGGCGAUUAAGAUGUACACACAUCUUCGAUAGCCUGUUUUGGCAUUUGAUCAGAUUCCAUCGCUAGUCUGGGUCUGGGUGGUUAGGACAGGAGGAGACGGGACAAAGAGGGAUGGUACUUGUGUGCAUUUUGUCAAGUUGACUACCUGCCAAACACUUAUUUAAACGCACCCAUACACACAUACCACCAUCUCCUAUUCCUCCUCGAUUUCAUUCCCUGCCUGUAACCAUUUCCUUCCCUUACCGUCUAUGCUUCUGUUCUUCCUCCUCUCCUCUUUUCCUCAUCAAACCCUACUGCCCCUACUCCACAGUUCAGCUAAGGCAGCAUAAUACCCACUCUUUCUUUUCUGGUCUUACCUUUUUUAUUGUUGAUUUUUUUCCUUUGGUGGGGAGGAUUGAGGGAUGUUGUAUAAAACAUGGAGCCUCAGGUAGAGGAUGUUGGGUAGAAAGCCAUGUCCCCCUAAAUGGCCAGCCGUGUGCAUGCGCCUAACACUUCGCUGAGCAAUCUGUCAACAUGUCAGCAACACAUGUUUUGUAAAAAGCCUCUGGUGGGAGUCAGGGGAAAAAAGGCACUUCUGCCAGACCAAAGAGGAAAUGCUUCUCUUCUCUUCUCUCUCUCUCUCUCUCUCUCUCUCUCUCUCUCUCUCUCUCUCUCUCUCUCUCUCUCUCUCUCUCUCUCUCUCUCUCUCUCUCUCUCUCUCUUUGCAGUGGAUUUUCUAUUGCUGGUGCACACGCUCCCACAGGCCCUCCCUGCCUCCCCGACAUAUACACCACACCCCCUGUCUGCACUUCAGAAAUUUGAACUGGGGACCCUCAAGGGGGUUGGGGGUUGGGGAGGUAGGUUUUGGCGGGGCUUCCCUCCUUCCCUCUUAUUUUCAGAGCGGCUCUGAAAUUGCAAAGGUAUAUUGUGGCAGGUCCCCAAGCGGUCUUUUCUAAUACCUGAGUUUCUGGCGAAGUUGGAAAUUACUGGCGGCUUCCCCGAGGGAUAGCUUUAUCCACACCAGGAAGGAGGAGCAAAACUCAGUGGGGAGGUUGCUUAAUGCAACCCCCCCCCCCCCCCACACACACACACCUCUCUCUCUCUCUCUUCUCCUCCCCAGUUGUGUAGUUUUCUACUCUCUGCCUUCUCUUGAAGGCUUCUAGUUUAAUAAACUUUUAGAGGAGGCUGCUGGAGUAGACAGCUAGACAAAUACCCUUGUGUGUUCUCUUUUGUCUGAGAUACAGCUUUUUGUUAUGUUCUUGCAAAUUAGAUUUCUCUCUCUGUCUUUCAUUUUCUCUCCCUCUGUCUCUUUCCCUCUCUGCAUUUGUCUUCAUAUUCCUACUCUCCUUCUCUCUCUCUCUCUCUCUCUCUCUCUCUCUCCCACUCUCACUCUCACUCUCACUCUCACUCUCACUCUCACACUAUAACUCUCACUCACACGCACUCACACACACACACACACACAAACACAGUGGUGUAAUGCACCCCAAAAAUCUGAGGGGGCACAAAGUAUGUGAAGAUGGCUUUUUUCAAACACCUGAAGCAGCUUUUUCCUGCAAUCUAGAGCCAUAAUCAUGAUGCUUAACUCUAUGUAAAAAAAUAAUUUUAAGCAUACCUAUUGAGCUGUCUGUAUCCUGGUGGUUCUGUUUUUAAAGAAACUAAAUACACAGAGUGUACAAAAUAUUAGGAACACCUUCCUAAUAUGGAGUUGCACCCACUUUUGUCCUCAUAACAGCCUAAAUUUGUCGGGGCAUGGACUCUACAAGGUGUCGAAACCGUUCCACAGGGAUGUGCUUCCCACAGUUGUGUCAAGUUGGCUGGAUGUCCUUUUGGUGGUGGACCAUUCUUGAUACACACGGGAAAACAGUUGAGCGUGAAAAACCCAGCAGUGUUGCAGUUCUUGAAACACUCAAACAGGUGCGCCUGGAACCUACUACCAUACUCUGUUUGAAGGCACUUACAUAUUUUGUCUUGCCCAUUCACCCUCUGAAUGGCACACAUACUGUACACAAUCCACGUCUCAAUUGUCUCAAGGCUUAAAAAUCCUUCUAAGUGGAUUUAACAGGUGACAUCAAUAAGGGAUCAUAACUUUCACCUGGAUUCACCUGGUCAGUCUAUGUCAUGGAAAAACCUAAUGUUUUGUAUACUCAGUGUAUUCUUCUCUGCAUAUCUGCUAAAAGGUGGGUAAAAGAUUGAAAGGAAUGUGAGUCUUAUUCAGUACGUUUAGUAAUUGCUUGCUUUUCUAAAGUCUACCAACCUUGCCAGCAGGCAUGCCAGCUAAGAAAGAUAGUUAGACAAGCUAGCUACUCUAACUUGAUUGAUAGCCAAAAAUAGCUUCGCUAGUUAUGAGGUUGGGAGAUUGGAAACCUAUCUGGGCUAGCUAAAGCAAACUUCAUAACAUUUCUUGGUGGCUAGUAGUAUUACAGAGAAACAACAACAACAAAAUCAACAAAAUAUUUUUGAGGUAUUAUUAUUAUUAUUAUUAUUAUUAUUAUUAUUAUUAUUAUUAUUAUUAUUAUUAUUGUUAUUAUUAUUAUUAUUAUUAUUAUUAUUAUUAUUAUUAUUAUUAUUAUUAUUAUUAUUAUUAUUAUUAUUAUUAUAAACAGGACAAAUCUGAGGGGGCACAUGCCCCUGCACACACACACACACACACACUCUCUCUCUCUCUCUCUCUCUCUCUCUCUCUCUCUCUCUCUCUCUCUCUCUCUCUCUCUCUCUCUCUCUCUCUCUCUCUCUCUCUCUCAGACACACAUGCACACACACUCACAAACCCUCUCUCUUGUGGUUGAGUUUAUUGUUCGGUCUGUCUCUGUAUGCCUUCCCUCUGUGCUCCCUUUUGUUUCCUCUAUGUUUUGUUCUAGUGCGAGGCAGAGAUGCUGAGGUGCAGAUAGAAUACAGACAGAUAGAAUGUGAUCUGGGUGGAGAGAGGGUGCAUCACACCCACACUUUUCUAUUGGACAAUGACCUCUCUAUCUAUCUAUGACAACAUAUCCAAGCAAUGCCAAUUGAUUGCUUGGAAUGCCUAUUCAGUCUUGCUGCUGAACAUGUUAAAAUAUUAUGUGAUACUAUGAUGUUUGACUAUAGAUUACUGCUAUCAAUUAAAUCUGAUUUAUCAUCCGUUGAGGUUAUAGGGAAGCUGAUAUGGAGUAAUCAUUGAAGCAUCAUUGCUUGUUUUUGAAGUGUCACCUUUCUCUAACAAUUAUAUAUGUACUGUAUAUUCAAUAAUCUAUAAAGGUGAUCAGGAGUAUUCUGCAUUUUGUUUCCCACAGCAGGAAAUGACCUCUCUCCCCCUAUCUGCCUUCCACUGGGAAGCCAUGCAGACUUAUUUUUAAUGUCUACGGAUGAUUAGACAUUUUAAUGUCUAACCUCCUGAGUGGCGCAGUGGUCUAAGGCACUGCUUUGCAGUGCUAACUGUGCCACUAGAGAUCCUGGUUCAAAUCCAGGCUCUGUCGCAGCCGGCCGCGACCGGGAGACUCAUGGACGGCGCACAAUUGGCCCAGCGUCGUCCAGGGUAGGGGAGGGAAUGGCCGGCAGGGAUGUAGCUCAGUUGAUAGAGCAUGGCGUUUGCAACGCCAGGGUUGUGGGUUCGAUUCCCACGGGGGGCCAGUAUUACAUUUAAAAAAAAAAAAAAUGUAUUCACUAACUGUAAGUCGCUCUGGAUAAGAGCGUCUGCUAAAUGACUUAAAUGUAAAUGAUUUAUCUUGUCUUUUUCAUAACCUCAAAACCAACGUAAAACCCCAGCCACAUGCACCAUGCAACCUCUCUCUCUCUCUCUUUCUCUCCCCCCCCUCUCUUCCUCUCUCCCUCUCCCUCCAUCCCUCCCUCUCUCCUCUAUUGGUAAAUAAUUCACCCUUUUCCCUGUAACAAGCCGUGGCCUUAAUAUGACAGCCGUAGCAUACCUGUAGUUGGGAUAAACAAGACAGCCGGUCUGCCCGCACCAGGGAAACAGAGGGAUUUGGUGCUCCACGAGGGCAGAGGGAGGAAUAAGUCAUGUCCUCGUGAAAGGCAAACAGCGGAGUAGCUGACAGUAAUUAAACCCUAUAGGAUAAAGGUUAUCUGAGGCCUAGCAAAGCGUACACCCUGACCGUGCAUGCAGGAUGCUGUGUCCGCCGAAUCCUAAUCAAGCCCUCUUAUUAAGGCGAUGUGUGUGUGUGGAUGGGGGGUUCAUGUGUGUUUGUGCAUGCGUGCAUGUGUGUGCAUGCGUUUGUGUGUUUCAGAAGGGGCAUUGGUGCAUAGCGCUUCAAACAAUUCAUACAGUAGAAGAAAGGCAGUUGGUUGCGUCUCUGACCUUAAAGAACAACUGCCUUUAAAAUGCAACGAAUCCGAAGGCCUAUGUGGCACCAAUAUGAGUCAGAAACAGUUAUUCUAGUGUCAAAUAUUACUAGAAAGUGUAAACAGAAUAGUUUUUGUCAUAAUGUCAGUCUCAUCUCAAACGGAGUUUGGAACAUCCGUGCGUCACAACGGCUAAAUGAAGGUUGGGUUUUGAUUUGACGAUGUACAUUUGCCCACUAACAUGGGGUGAACAGCUGCAGUGAUUGCUCUCUAUUGAAUAGCAUAGACAGAUAGACAGACUUUGUUUACAUAAAACAAGACGUCGCAAAUUUUUUUAGUUGAGAAAUACUGCACCAAACAACUUAGUUAGAUGUAAAAUUCGCAACUAAAACAUCCUUGGCAAAAACGUUAUUACAGAUUUCUUGAGUUAUCUGAGAUUCAUUCUUGGGAUUUUGAGGAAGUGAAAUAGGCUUCCGCAUCUACAGUGUCUCAUGGGGGACAAACAUCAUUAACCAAACACGGAAUCGGUCAGGAAACACACCUCCAAGACUGAAAUCUCGUUUUUCUGUUCAGCAACAGAAAAACACACUUGCCAAUCGACGUGUUCAGUGGCCCUUUAAACCUGAGUGCAGCUAUAGACACUGCAGAGUGAAUUAAAGACCAUUCAACCAACCAACCACUCGCUAAAACUGCACAAUAUAAAUAGUUUGAGUUCUUUGUCCAUCUCUGGAUUCUAGCUGUCUAUUGACAUAAAGGUGGGUUUUGGUGGUUUUGCGAGUAUGAGGUGCUAUAGGUCUACAUCAUCAUACAGUGGGGAAAAAAAGUAUUUAGUCAGCCACCAAUUGUGCAAGUUCUCCCACUUAAAAAGAUGAGAGAGGCCUGUAAUUUUCAUCAUAUGUACACGUCAACUAUGACAGACAAAUUGAGAAUAUUUUUUCCAGAAAAUCACAUUGUAGGAUUUUUUAUGAAUUUAUUUGCAAAUUAUGGUGGAAAAUAUGUAUUUGGUCACCUACAAACAAGCAAGAUUUCUGGCUUUCACAGACCUGUAACUUCUUCUUUAAGAGGCUCCUCUGUCCUCCACUCGUUACCUGUAUUAAUGGCACCUGUUUGAUCUUGUUAUCAGUAUAAAAGACACCUGUCCACAACUUCAAACAGUCACACUCCAAACUCCACUAUGGCCAAGACCAAAGAGCUGUCAAAGGACACCAGAAACAAAAUUGUAGACCUGCACCAGGCUGGGAAGACUGAAUCUGCAAUAGGUAAGCAGCUUGGUUUGAAGAAAUCAACUGUGGGAGCAAUUAUUAGGAAAUGGAAGACAUACAAGACCACUGAUAAUCUCCCUCGAUCUGGGGCUCCACGCAAGAUCUCACCCCGUGGGGUCAAAAUGAUCACAAGAACGGUGAGCAAAAAUCCCAGAACCACACGGGGGGACCUAGUGAAUGACCUGCAGAGAGCUGGGACCAAAGUAACAAAGCCUACCAUCAGUAACACACUACGCCGCCAGGGACUCAAAUCCUGCAGUGCCAGACGUGUCCCCCUGCUUAAGCCAGUACAUGUCCAGGCCCGUCUGAAGUUUGCUAGAGUGCAUUUGGAUGAUCCAGAAGAGGAUUGGGAGAAUGUCAUAUGGUCAGAUGAAACCAAAAUAGAACGUUUUGGUAAAAACUCAACUCGUCGUGUUUGGAGGACAAAGAAUGCUGAGUUGCAUCCAAAGAACACCAUACCUACUGUGAAGCAUGGGGGUGGAAACAUCAUGCUUUGGGGCUGUUUUUCUGCAAAGGGACCAGGACGACUGAUCCGUGUAAAGGAAAGAAUGAAUGGGGCCAUAUAUCGUGAGAUUUUGAGUGAAAACCUCCUUCCAUCAGCAAGGGCAUUGAAGAUGAAACGUGGCUGGGUCUUUCAGCAUGACAAUGAUCCCAAACACACCGCCCGGGCAACGAAGGAGUGGCUUCGUAAGAAGCAUUUCAAGGUCCUGGAGUGGCCUAGCCAGUCUCCAGAUCUCAACCCCAUAGAAAAUAUUUGGAGGGAGUUGAAAGUCCGUGUUGCCCAGCGACAGCCCCAAAACAUCACUGCUCUAGAGGAGAUCUGCAUGGAGGAAUGGGCCAAAAUACCAGCGACAGUGUGUGAAAACCUUGUGAAGACUUACAGAAAACGUUUGACCUGUGUCAUUGCCAACAAAGGGUAUAUAACAAAGUAUUGAGAAACUUUUGUUAUUGACCAAAUACUUAUUUUCCACCAUAAUUUGCAAAUAAAUUCAUUAAAAAUCCUACAAUGUGAUUUUCAGGAUUUAUUUUUCUCGUUUUGUCUGUCAUAGUUGAAGUGUACCUAUGAUGAAAAUUAUAGGCCUCUCUCAUCUUUUUAAGUGGGAGAACUUGCACAAUUGGUGGCUGACUAAAUACUUUUUUUCCCCACUGUAUAUUUGCAAUAAUGUGAAUGACCUUUGGACAGUUCACUCCAUUGUACUAAGAGGCAGUAGUUACCUCAUAUACAGUACCAGUCAAAAGUUUGUCCAAUAGAAACUGUUGUUUUGCUCUGUUUGCUUCUGUUUGGUUCUUAAACAGUAAACCGUUUCCAUAAUGAAUAUACCCCUGGUUCCACCCUCUUCCACACAUCACAGUGGGGGAAUUUACAUGGACAGUUGUGUUUUAUUUUCCCUGUUAGUUUACUCACAGAAAAUUUGAUUUAUGUCAUAAUAUAUAUAUAUAUAUAUAUAUAUAUAUAUAUAUAUAUAUAUAUAUAUAUAUAUAUACAGUGGGGAAAAAAUGUAUUUAGUCAGCCACCAAUUGUGCAAGUUCUCCCACUUAAAAAGAUGAGAGAGGCCUGUAAUUUUCAUCAUAGGUACACGUCAACUAUGACAGACAAAUUGAGAAAAAGAAAUCCAGAAAAUCACAUUGUAGGAUUUUUCAUGAAUUUAUUUGCAAAUUAUGGUGGAAAAUAAGUAUUUGGUCACCUACAAACAAGCAAGAUUUCUGGCUCUCACAGACCUGUAACUUCUUCUUUAAGAGGCUCCUCUGUCCUCCACUCGUUACCUGUAUUAAUGGCACCUGUUUGAACUUGUUAUCAGUAGAAAAGACACCUGUCCACAACCUCAAACAGUCACACUCCAAACUCCACUAUGGCCAAGACCAAAGAGCUGUCAAAGGACACCAGAAACAAAAUUGUAGACCUGCACCAGGCUGGGAAGACUGAAUCUUCAAUAGGUAAGCAGCUUGGUUUGAAGAAAUCAACUGUGGGAGCAAUUAUUAGGAAAUGGAAGACAUACAAGACCACUGAUAAUCUCCCUCGAUCUGGGGCUCCACGCAAGAUCUCACCCCGUGGGGUCAAAAUGAUCACAAGAACGGUGAGCAAAAAUCCCAGAACCACACGGGGGGACCUAGUGAAUGACCUGCAGAGAGCUGGGACCAAAGUAACAAAGCCUACCAUCAGUAACACACUACGCCGCCAGGGACUCAAAUCCUGCAGUGGCAGACGUGUCCCCCUGCUUAAGCCAGUACAUGUCCAGGCCCGUCUGAAGUUUGCUAGAGUGCAUUUGGAUGAUCCAGAAGAGGAUUGGGAGAAUGUCAUAUGGUCAGAUGAAACCAAAAUAGAACUUUUUGGUAAAAACUCAACUCGUCGUGUUUGGAGGACAAAGAAUGCUGAGUUGCAUCCAAAGAACACCAUACCUACUGUGAAGCAUGGGGGUGGAAACAUCAUGAUUUGGGGCUGUUUUUCUGCAAAGGGUCCAGGACGACUGAUCCGUGUAAAGGAAAGAAUGAAUGGGGCCAUGUAUCGUGAGAUUUUGAGUGAAAACCUUCUUCCAUCAGCAAGGGCAUUGAAGAUGAAACGUGGCUGGGUCUUUCAGCAUGACAAUGAUCCCAAACACACCGCCCGGGCAACGAAGGAGUGGCUUCGUAAGAAGCAUUUCAAGGUCCUGGAGUGGCCUAGCCAGUCUCCAGAUCUCAACCCCAUAGAAAAUCUUUGGAGGGAGUUGAAAGUCAGCGACAGCCUCAAAACAUCACUGCUCUAGAUGAGAUCUGCAUGGAGGAAUGGGCCAAAAUACCAGCAACAGUGUGUGAAAACCUUGUGAAGACUUACAGAAAACGUUUGAUCUGUGUCAUUGCCAAUAAAGGGUAUAUAACAAAGUAUUGAGAAACUUUUGUUAUUGACCAAAUACUUAUUUUCCACCAUAAUUUGCAAAUAAAUUCAUUAAAAAUCCUACAAUGUGAUUUUCUGGAUUUUUUUUCUUAUUUUGUCUGUCAUAGUUGACUUGUACCUAUGAUGAAAAUUACAGGCCUCUCUCAUCUUUUUAAGUGGGAGAACUUGCACAAUUGGUGGCUGACUAAAUACAUUUUUUCCCCACUGUAUAUAUAUAUAUAUAUACAGUACCAGUCAAAAGUUUGGACACACCUACUCAUUCCAGGGUUUUUCUUUAUUUUGACUAUUUUCUACAUUGUAGAAUAAUAGUGAAGACAUCAAAACUAUGAAAUAACACAUAUGGAAUCAUGUUGUAACCAAAAAAGAAGUGUUAAACAAAUCAAAAUAUAUUUGAUAUUUCAGAUUCUUCAAAGUAGCCACCCUUUGCCUUGAUGACAGCUUUGCACACUCUUGGCAUUCUCUCAGCCUGCUUUAUGAGGUAGUCACCUGGAAUGCAGUUCAAUUAACAGGUGUUAAAAGUUAAUUUGUGGAAUUUCUUUCCUUCUUAAUGCGUUUGAGCCAAUCAGUUGUGAUGUGACAAGAUAGUGGUGGUAUACAGAAGAUAGCCCUAUUUGGUAAAAGACCAAGUCCAUAUUAUGGCAACAACAGAUCAAAUAAGCAAAGAGAAACGACAGUCCAUCAUUACCUUAAUACAUGAAGGUCAGUCAAUACGAAAAAUGUCAAGAACUUUGAUGGUUUCUUUAAGUGCAGUCACAAAAACCAUGAAGCGUUAUGAUGAAACUGGCUCUCAUGAGGACCGCCACAGGAAUGGAAGACCCAGAGUUAGCUCUGCUGCAGAGGAUAACUUCAUUAGAGUGAACUGCACCUCAGAUUGCAGCCCAAAUAAAUGCUUCACAGAGUUCAAGUAACAGACACAUCUCAACAUCAACUGUUCAGAGGAGACUGCGUGAAUCAGGCCUUCAUGGUCGAAUUGCUGCAAAGAAACCACUACUAAAGGACACCAAUAAAAAUAAGAGACUUCCUUGGGCCAACUAACACGAGCAAUAUACAUUAGACCGGUGGAAAUCUGUACUUUGGUCUGAUGUGUCCAAAUUUGAGAUUUUUGGUCCAACCGCCUUGUCUUUGUGAGACGCAGAGUAGGUGAACGGAUGACCUCUGCAUGUGUGGUUUCCACCAUGAAGCAUGGAGGAGGUGGUGUUAUGGUGUGGGGGUGCUUUGCUGGUGACACUGUCUGUGAUUUAUUUAGAAUUCAAGGCACACUUAACCAGCAUUGCUACCACAGCAUUCUACAGCGAUACGCCAUCCCAUCUGGUUUGCGCUUAGUGGGACUAUCAUUUGUUUUUCAACAGGACAAUGACCCAACACACCUCCAGGCUGUGUAAGGGCUAUUUGACCAAGAAGGAGAGUGAUGGAGUGCUGAAUCAGAUGACCUGGCCUCCACAAUCACCUGACCUCAACCCAAUUGAGAUGGAGUUGAGUUGAGUUGGACCGCAGAGUGAAGGAAAAGCAGCCAACAAGUGCUCAGCAUAUGUGGGAACUCCUUCAAGACUGUUGGAAAAGCAUUCCAGGUGAAGCUGGUUGAGAGAAUGCCAAGAGUGUGCAAAGCUGUCAUCAAGGCAAAGGGUGGCUACUUUGAAAAAUCUAAAAUGUAUUUUGAUUUGUUUAACACUUUUUUGGUUACUACAUGAUUCCAUAUGUGUUAUUUCAUAGUUUUGAUGUCUUCACUAUUAUUCCACAAUGUAGAAAAUAGUAAAAAUAAAGAAAAACCCUUGAAUGAGUAGGUGUAUCCAAACUUUUGACUGGUAUUGUAUAUUCAACUUUAUAUCCGAAAUUAUGAAAUAAAUUUCGCACACGAGUGUUGCACUCUUAAACUUUACAGUUGGAGUCUCCUACGUCUGCUCACUGGAGAUUUCUCCCAUGUUGUAACUGUUACUUAGUCACCUGACCCGGGCCUCAGCAGGGCGUUGAAGUGGCUUGGCUCAUGUUUUACAAAUUACCCAGGGGGCUGUGCGUUCGCCACCUAUGUGCCCAUGUUCCCUCCCUUCUGUAUGCACAGUGCGUGGUAUUCUAUUCCCCUCGCCAAGCUCUUCACGGAGACAAUGAAGAGUCGGCAUGGCGACGGUGACACUCACCUUACUAACCCAGGGACGCACAGGAAAAUACAAAUUGAGGAAGGGAACCGGCACGCCUCCAACCUAUCUGCUACUUCCAGUGUUGGUGCUUGAUGUAUGGUGGUGAGGUGACUACCCAGCAUGGAUCCUGUGACCAGGAGGAUCGGGUUAUUUUGUGUGUUGUCAUGAUGGGCACUCCUGUGGUAAUCUCAUCUCUAUCUCUAUAUUGCAAUCUCUUGAUAUCUAUAUCUCUCUUUCUUUGUCUUGAUCUCUCUCUCUCUCUCUCUCUCUCUCUCUCUCUCUCUCUCUCUCUCUCUCUCUCUCUCUCGUUUGAUUCUCUUGAUCUCUUACUUAUUUGCAUGCUAAAUCUAAUUAAAUGUCACCUUUUUUAUAGUCAUCUAAAGUUUUUACAAAGUAAAAUAAUUAUUGGUGCAUGUCUGUGAAGUCAACAUGCAAACCCCUUGUCAUCACAUGUGUGUAUAUUACAGUAGGGUACUAUUCAAAUGGUCUGUACUACAGUCAGAUAGCCAGAUAAGUGUUGUGCUGGUGUCGUUCUAGUCUGUAAUACUGUUAAUAGCCCAGUGUAGAGAAGAGUAAUUAGCUGAUAUGGAUGUAGCUGUCAGUGAUAACUGAUAUUGGGGGACUAUUACACUAAUUCCCCGGAAUGAUGAUCCUUGAAAUGGCUUCAUCACACUAAGCUGUCCAUUGGUGAUGGACGUGAGAUUACUGACUGACUCAAACACCAUAACCAAAUCCUCCUCUGCUGCCAGCAAGUUGUGGCAAUGAGCGUAAUAUUUUCUAGCAUACGGUACUACUAUAUGUACUGAAGAUCCUAUGUAGUGAAGUUCCUAUGUACUGAGGUUCCUAGAAUCCUAUAGUAGCCAACCUAGAACUCUAGAUUGUAGUAAAUAUGUGUCACUAUGUACACUGAGUGUACAAAACAUUAGGAACAUCCUAAUAUUGAGUUGCACCCCUUUUGCCCUCAGAACAGCCUCAAUUCGUCGGGGCAUGGACUACAAGGUGUCGAAAGCGUUCCACAGGGAUGCUGGCCCAUGUUGACUCCAAUGCUUCCAACAGUUGUGUCAAGAUGGCUGGAUGUUCUUUGGGUAGUGGACCAUUCUUGAUACACACAGGAAACUGUUGAGCGUGAAAAACCCAGAAGUGUUGCAGCUCUUGACACAAACCAGUGCGCCUGGCACCUACUACCAUACCCCGUUCAAAGGCACUUAAAUAUUUUGUCUUGCCCAUUCACCCUCUGAAUAAACACAUACAAAAUCCAUGUCUCAAUUGUCUCAAGGCUUAAAAAUCCUUCUUUAACCUGUCUCCUUCCCUUCAUCUACACUGAUUGAAGUGGAUUUAACAGGUGACAUCAGUAAGGGAUCAUAGCUUUCACCUGGAUUCACCGGUCAGUCUUUGUCAUGGAAAGAGCAGAUGGUCCUAAUGUUUUGUACAGUCAGUGUAUAUUCAGACUCUAUAUUUGUGAGAGUCCAUGUGUUGUUUAUGGGUUGAUUUGAAUGUGAAAUGAUGCUAGAGAAAAUCUUCCUUCAGAUCUUAAUUCCGUAUUGAAUGGGUGAUGAUGAUAAUUCAUCCGGGGGCGUUGUUUGGCAGUCAGAUUGAGUUCCUCUCUGGAGAACACACUAAAUAUAGCCUCCCAGGUGGUGGAGAUGGGAGAUGUGUAGCUAAGUAAAUGGUUACCAAGCCACACUCAGAGUGAGAGAAAGCUUAUGCUAAGUAAAUACGGAUCUGAGAGGGACCCAGAAGAAGGGCAUUAUGGGUAAGGAUAGAGGACCACAGCAAUUUGUUUGUAAUGGUGAUGAUUCCGUGAUUGAAACCCAGAGUUCUUGGAAUUUUACCAAAUCAAAGUUUUCACCAACUACGUAGGUGGCCAUGUAAACUUGUCAAUAUAGGCUACACCAGGUUAGACUUUUUUGUUUAAAAAAAUCCAGGCCUAUCUCACACACGGUGCAGCAAAUGAGCAUGAGGGGCAAGAUGAGAAGGAGUUGUAAUCUUCCGCAAUGAUAUGUCCGUCCGUAAAAUACACAACAAUGUUUUUAGAGCACGUUGUCAUUGUGAUGCGAUGAACACCCUUGAUACAAGCAGAAAGAAAAUAAUAGGAGGGAAAACAAAGCCAUAAAGCCAACCCCCCCUAAAUGUGUCUGUCAUUUGACGACUCCAUACUGUACACACAUUGCAUGGGACUCCUGGCACGGUUCCUCAGUCGGGGAGCGGAGGUUGGAGAGAGAGAGGGGGAAGUGUUGAUCAGGGGCCUGGCCCAUCCUCCAGAGAUCAUCCUCUCUUCCUGCCUCUCAGUUGUAAUGUGGACACAGUCUGAGACUACGAACAGGUUUAAUGGCAGCCCAGAAAUCUGCUUUAUGAACACAAACAUAAAAACAGAGCCGACCUGCUAUUAACGAUCAGUAAAAAAAAUAAUUAGAGGGACUGUGAUAAUUGUGUCAGGGGGGAGAUAGAUCAGACGAGUUUGCGAGCGGAGAAGAAGCAGGAAUAUAUUGCUGUCGUGGCGGUGGUGGCUUUGUUACAUUUUGCUGUUGAUUUCGUUUCUACCAUUGAUCCACCCAUCCAUCUGUCCGUCUGUCCUCCUUCCUUCUCUCUCCCUUGGAUUGGGAGGGGAGAGGAGCCUUCUGGCUUUGGAGGAGCAGGAUGAAGAUGUUUAUUCAUCUGGAGUGUAUUAGAGUCAUGAUUAAGGAGAACAAGGAGGAGGAGGAGGAGGAGAAGGAGAAGGAGAGGAGGACGGUGACGUCUGUAGCCUCCACUCAGAAACCCGGCACAGACGCCUAGGGAAGGGGUUGGAGUUUACCUGGAUCUCUCUCCCCCUCUCUGUCUCUCUCUCUCUUUCCGCCUGUCCUCUCAACUCUCAGCUCGGCUAAUUAUUAAUGAAUGCGGUUUCUGUUGAACCUCUGAGAAGUGUCAGUGCUACAGUCAUCUGAGGGUUAGGAAAUCUUGGCAUUUAAGACAGGGAUGCAUGAAAAUACAUGUCUUGCUUGGGCUGUUUGCUUGUUUUCCUUCCUCCCUCCCUUACUCCAUCCCUCCAUCCCCCAACCCCCUCUCCUCUCCACCGAGGUGCAUGUUUUCCACUCCCUCCUGGACUGUCUCAAUGCCAUGGCUUAGAGGUCAAGGGUCAGGGUGUCUGGUGCAUGCUAACACUAGCACCUAGCGUCUGUCUGUCUGUUGGUAGCCUCUCCUUGGUUCCAUGCUUGACCUGUCUCAGUACUGUAGCUAGCGUCGUGCCCUGAGACACUGGAGGUCUUUGAAACAGGCGAUUGUCUAAACAUGUUCUUAGUGAUGGGAGGUUGAAAGGUUCACUGACCUCCGCUUUCCACUGGACGGAACAUGAUAAGAGGUAGGCUACUCAAGUGGUUCAAUAAAGUAAACAUCCACAAAUUCUCCACAGAUUCUCCAGAGUGACCAUUGGGUUCUUGGUCACCUCCUGACCAAGGCCCUUCUCCUCAGAUUGCUCAGUUUGGCUGGGCGGCCAGCUCUAGGAAGAGGCUUGGUGGUUCCAAACUUCUUCCAUUUAAGAAUGAUCGAGGCCACUGUAUUCUUGGGAACCUUCAAUGCUGCAGAAAUUUUUUGGUACCCUUCCCCAGUUCUGUGCCUCGACACAAUCCUGUCUCGGAGCUCUACGGAUAAUUCCUUCGACCUCAUGGCUUGAGUUUUGCUCCGACAUGCACUAUCAACUGUGGGACCUUAUAAAGACUGUUGUGUGCCUUUCCAAAUCAUGUCCAAUCAAUUGAAUUUACCACAGGUGGACUCCAAUCAAGUUGUAGAAACAUUUAGUCAUUUUAUUAAACAUCUCAAGGAUGAUCAAUGGAAACAGGAUGCACCUGAGCUCAUUUUCGAUUCUCGUAGCAAAGGGUCUGAACAUUUCUGUAAAUAAGGUUUUUUUAUUUUUAAUAAAUUUGCUACAAUGUCUAAAAACCUGUUUUUUCUUUGUCAUUAUGGGGUAUUGUGUGUAGAUUGAUGAGGAAAACAGUUAAUUUUUAUCUAUUUUAGAAUAAGGCUGUAACGUAACAAAAUGUGGAAAAAGUCAAGGGGUCUGAAUACUUUCGAAUGCACUGUAUAUAUAUAUAUAUAUAUAUUCACACACACACACUACAUGACCAAAAGUAUGUGUACACCUGCUUGUCGUAUAUCUAAUUCCAAAAUCAUGGGAAUUAAUAUAGAGUUGGUCCCCUCUUUGUUGCUAUAACAGCCUCCACUCUUCUGGGAAGGCUUUCCACUAAAUGUUGGAACAUUGCUGCGGGGACUUGCGUCCAUUCAGCCACAAGAGCAUUAGUGAGGUUGGACACUGAUGUUGGGCGAUAGGCCUAACUCGCAAUCGGCAUUCCAAUUCAUCCUAAAGGUGUUCGAUGGGGUUGAGGUCAGGGCUCUGUGCAGGCCAGUCAAGUUCUUCCACAUCAAUCUCGACAAACCAUUUCUGUAUAGACCUCACUUUGUGCACUGUGGGGCAUUGUCAUGCUGAAACAGGAAAGGGCCUUCCCCAAACUGUUGCCACAAAGUUGGAAGCACAGCAUCAUCUAGGGUCAAGGACAUUGUAUGCUGUAGCGUUAAGGUUUCCCUUCACUGGAACUAAGGGGCCUAGCACGAACCAUGAAAAACAGGCCCAGACCAUUAUGCCUCCUCCACCAAACGUUACAGUUGGCACUAUGCAUUCGGACAGCUAGCGUUCUCCUGGCAUCCGCCAAAUCCAGAUUUGUCCGUCGGACUGCCAGAUGGUGAAGCAUGAUUCAUCACUCCAGAGAACUUGUUUCCAGUGCUCCAGAGUCCAAUGGCAGCAAGCUUUACACCACUCCAGCCUACGCUUGGCAUUGAGCAUGGUGAUCUUAGGCUUUUGUGAGGCUGCUCGGCCAUGGAAACCCAUUUCGUGAAGCUCCCGGCUAACAGUUGCUUCUAGAGGCAGUUUGGAACUUGGUAGUGAGUGUUGCAACCGACGACAGACGAUUUUCACACGCAACGCGCUUCAGCACUCGGUGGUCCUGUUCUGUGAGCUUGUGUGGCCAACCACUUUGCUGCUGAGCCGUUGUUCCUCCUAGACAUUUCCACUUCACAAUAACAGCACUUACAGUUGACCAGAGCUGCUCUAGCAGGGCAGAAAGUUGAUGAACUGUCUUGUUGGAAAGGUGGCAUCCUAUGACGGUGCCACGUUGAAAGUCACUGAGUUCUUUAGUAAGGACAUUCUAAUACCAAUGUUUGUCUAUGGAGAUUGCAUGGCUGUGUGCUCGAUUGUAUACACCUGUCAGCAAUGGGUGUGCCUGAAAUAGCCGAAUCCACUAAUUUGAAGGGGUGUCCACAUACUUUUGUUGUUGUUGUGUGUACACUACCAGUCAAAAGUUUGGACACACCUACUCAUUCAAGGGUUUUUCUUUAUUUUUUACUAUUUUUUACAUUGUAGAAUAAUAGUGAAGACAUCAAAACUUUGAAAUAACACAUAUGGAAUCAUGUAGUAAACAAAAAAGUGUUUUAUAUUUGAGAUGCUUCAAAUAGCCACCCUUUGCCUUGAUGACAGCUUUGCACACUCUUGACAUUCCCUCAACCAGCUUCACCUGGAAUGCUUUUCCAACAGUCUUGAAGGAGUUCCCACAUAUGAUGAAAACUUGUUGGCUGCUUUUCCUUCACUCUGCGGUCCGACUCAUCCCAAACAAUCUUAAUUGGGUUGAGGUCGGGGGAUUGUGGUGGCCAGGUCAUCUGAUACAGCACUCCAUCACUCUGCUUCUUGGUAAAAUAGCCCUUACACAGCCUGGAGGUGUGUUGGGUCAUUGUCCUGUUGAAAAACAAAUGAUAGUCCCACUAUGUCCAAACCAGAUGGGAUGGCGUAUCGCUGUAGAAUGCUGUGGUAGCCAUGCUGGUUAAGUGUGAAUUCUAAAUAAAUCACAGACAGUGUCACCAGCAAAGCACCCCCACACCAUAACACCUCCUCCUCCAUGCUUUACGGUGGGAAAUACACAUGCGGAGAUCAUCCGUUCACCCACACUGCGUCUCACAAAGACACAGCAGUUGGAACCAACAAUCUCAAAUUUGGACUCCAGACCAAAGGACACAUUUCCACCGGUCUAAUGUCCAUUGCUCGUUUUUCUUGGCCCAAGCAAGUCUCUUCUUCUUAUUGGUGUCCUUUAGUAGUGGUUUCUUUGCAGCAAUUCGACCAUGAAGGCCUGAUUCACACAGUCCCAUCUGAACAGUUGAUGUUGAGAUGUGUCUGUUACUUGAACUCUAUGGAGCAUAUAUUUGGGCUGCAAUUUCUGAGGCUGGUAACUCUAAUGAACUUAUCCUCCGCAGCAGAGGUAACUCUGGGUCUUUUAUUCCUGUCGCGGUCCUCAUGAGAGCCAGUUUCAUCACAGCGCUAUAUGGUUUUUGCGACUGCACUUGAAGAAACUUUGAAAGUUCUUGAAAUUUUCUGUAUUGACUGACCUUCAUGUCUUAAAGUAAUGAUGGACUGUCGUUUCUCUUUGCUUAUUUGAGCUGUACUUGCCAUAAUAUGGACUUGGCCUUUUACCAAAUAGGGCUAUCUUCUGUAUACCACCCCUAUCUUGUCACAUCACAACUGAUUGGCUCAAACGCAUUAAGAAGGAAAGAAAUUCCACAAAUUAACUUUUAAGAAGGCACACCUGUUAAUUACAUUUACAUUUACGUAAUUUAGCAGACGCUCUUAUCCAGAGCGACUUACAAAUUGGAUUGAAAUGCAUUCCAGGUGACUACCUCAUGGAGCUGGUUGAGAGAAUGCCAAUAGUGUGCAAAGCUGUCAUCAACGCAAAGGGUGGCUAUUUGAAGAAUCUCAAAUAUAAAAUAUAUUUUGAUUUGGCUAUUUGAAGAAUCUCAAAUAUAAAAUAUAUUUUGAUUUGUUUAACACUUUUUUGGUUACUGCAUGAUUCCAUAUGUGUUAUUUCAUAGUUUUGAUGUCUUCACUAUUAUUCUACAAUCUAGAAAAAAGUCAAAAUAAAGAAAAACCCUGGAAUGAGUAGGUGUGUCCAAACUUUUGUCUGGUACUGUAUAUAUAUUUUUAUUAAAUGACAUAAAUCACAUUAUCUGUGAGUAAACUAACAGGGAAAAUAAAACACAACUGUCCAUGUAAAUUCCUCCACUGUGAUGUGUGGAAGAGGGUGAAACCAGGGGUGUAUUCAUUACGGAGACUGUUUACUGUUUAAGAGCCAAACAGAAGCAAACAGAGCAAAACAAGAGUUUCUAUUGGACAAAUUCGUUCCGUUUGCUUCUGUUAAAUUGUUUUUAUUUUGCAACAGUAUCGGCAGAAUGAAUACACCAGGGAUAAAAGAUGGUGGUAGAACGUAGCAGCACGCUGUGGUUCUCCGCCUGGCUUGUUGUCCACUCGGUCUCCAGCCUGUCUGCCUGACUAGCCUGCCGCAGUGGUGAGGGAGAGGGACCAGUACACACUGCCUCCCCCUGUAGUACCAGACCCAACACAGCACUCCCUCCCCCAGAGCCAAUGCAGUGAGGCAGGCGGUGAUGGGCCGUGCUGAGGGACAGAUUGUCACUCCUCCUCCCCCCUGCCUCCCCCUCCCUACUACCACUGGGAGGCCCACAGGGGCUGGGGGUCCAGCCAAGGCCUGGGGUGGGGCGGAGUGUACUUCCUGCUAGUGUGUUCUCUUCUCUCCUGCAGUACCUGACAUGGUCAACUAUCUGUUCUUCCUCUAGUCUCCAUCAGCCAUGAGUUGAACAAAAACACUGCUUUAUGGCUUUAUGGCUGUGUUGAUCUUGUAAUACAGAAUAGCUGGGUUAGAAUUACACCAGAUCUCAGUAUUCUUAGUGAACAGUACAGCAUGUAAUCUCUCAUUAUUGGCUCCAGUAGAACACUAAGGUUCUUCUACAUGAAGAGAUUGUACAUGAGGGCUAUAAAAUACCCAUCAUACACAGGUCAUACAUCUUGCUCUCUUAUCUGCAUGUGCCUUUAUUAUGUUCUGUCAUAUUUUUUCAGGAUAGACAAAUAUUUUCCUUGGUUUCUGCUCACACGUCUCGUCUGUCUCCAAGACGUCAGAACAGUGGGAUCAGGGCCCAUGAUAAGUAAUGGAAUCGCUCUCCUCUCGUCCUCUCCUUGCUCUGUCUCACUCUCCCCUUCCUUGUCUUCGUAGAAAGAAAAAAGCCCCAGUUUGUAAAGGAUGACUGGCUGCCCUACUUUCCCUCCGCUGGCCCUCCAUUUGUCUGCGUUUCCUGGGACACCACUGGGGCGCUGUGAUUUCUGGGACAGUGACCAAGUGCUCCUGUCUGUGCUGGGGGACGUGGGUAAUGUGGACAAAGUAGUUGACAGUUUGCUGGUUCCCCGUGGUUAGGGCAGACAGAGCCGUGAGGGCCGGUAUAAUGGACACCAGGCCACUGAGACAGCUAGGCAGCAGUUUGAUGUUCCAGCUAGUGUGUUAGGUCCUGUGUAAAAGUUGACUGCCACAUUUUGAUGUGUGUCUGUGUGUGUGUGUUGUGUUUUGACAAGGCGUGUCACUAUGAGCAUGAUGUUACGGGAAGCGACACGUUGCUACGGCACCGUUGAAACCCUGGGAAACGCACACUUCUAUCAUCCACUCUCUCUCUCCCUCCUUAUCUCCCUCUCUCGCUCUCUGUCCUCCAGUAACACAUCCCUCCCUCUCCUCUCUCCUACUCCUCCAGUAAUGUUGCCGUGGUCCCCUCUCCCUUUCCUCCUAAAGCAUGGCAGAUUUGAUUGAUCUUUGGCAGGGGGCGAGCGGGGCCUGACAUUUCUCACAGAUGUGUAAAAAAACCACAUUGUGUUUGCUGAAAGAGUGGGAGAGGGGGGAGCGAGAGAGAGAGAGAUGGACAAGAGAGGACAAUAUUCUAGCUCUACCUUUGUGUGUGUGUUUUAAUAUCUGUGUGAAGCGUCAGUCGUAGUAUGUGUGAGACUGGUGCAAUAAGCCAUGUCUGGCCACCUGGCACUUCUCUUUGAGAGCUGCUGGGAGUGUUCAGCACUCCAUUUUGACUGGAUGUGAUUUCUCUUUAACCAGGGCUGUAGCAGUGUAGCAGUGGCACUGUGUGUAAAGCCUUUGGGCUGGUCUCGCUCCAAUAGCUCUGCAUGGGGUCCUGAGUCGGCUCAAUGAGCCAGUCAUCUGAGGAGAACUGGAAUUAGCCUCUAAAUUGAAACCAUUGAAACCCCUUUUUUCAUGGCAGGAAAAUGGAAGUCUCUUUAGCUAACUAAGCUAAAGCCUUGCGCCAUUUUCUAGCCUCCGCUUAUUAGAUCUUAAGUGGUUGUGUCACAUACAGCACUGAACAUGAUAUCAUGUUGUUCAAACGCAUAUUGCUAUUUGGAGCUUCAGAAUGGGAUGUGCUUUGAGAUGACACAUCAACAGUCUCGAGGGGAUUGUUCUACUACUUUUACCAGCAGCUGUAAAGGAUGCCUUGUUCUUCUUCUCUGAAGUGGGGUCAUAGUGUUAUAUCAGAUGCGUUGGCAGUCCUUUGUUUAUUCAAUGAAUAUCCAAUCCCUGCUGUGCGAAACACACACACACACACUCGUGUACUCAAGCACACACGCACGACCACACACACUCACGUGCACGCACACACACACACACACACACACACACACACACACACACACACACACACAUACACUCUUAGAAAAAAGGGUUGCAAAAGGAAUCUUCGGCUGUCUCCAUACGAUAACCCUUUUGGCUUCAGGUAGAACCAUCUGUGGAAAGGGUUCUACAUGGAACCAAAAGGGGUUCUUCAAAGUGUUCUACUAUGAGGACAGCCAAAGAACCCUUUUAGGUUCUACAUUGCACCUUUUUUCUAAGAGUGUACACACACACACACACACUCACACUCACACCCUCACUCAUGUACAUGCCCACUGACACAUAAACACAAACAGUUCCUAGGAAAAUCCCUAUAAUGAUCCCUGGUAAGAUACAAAGAUAUGAUUAUGGUUUUUGAAUUUAGGAAAAGUGCAUUACCUGUUCUCUCUAUCAUGCAAAUAUGAAACAGGAUUUUUACAAAAGUCUAGCUGUAGAAUUGGCAGAGGAUCUCCUAAAGCCUCCAUCUGAUAAGAUAAGGUAGUGGAUUGGAUAAGAGUGGCCUGGCUCUGGAAUAAGUGUUAAGGUGCUUUAUCCACCCCUGUUCAUUUCUGUCAGGCAGAGAUAAGAUGCCUUGAACUGCUCUCAGAACCCCAGACAGGAAGUCACAGGUGCCAAAAGUGAGUCAUUCCCAAAACAUAUCCCUUAGAAGCUUAACGCUGUCUAGGUGUUAUAACUGGAUAAAGAAAACAAUCACAAGCAGCUUGUCUUCAGUCGUUAAAGUUGAUGUCCAUAACAGGGCUUUAGGGGCAGAGGCUGUAGACUAACACAGAGACUUAUCGUGCUACGCAAGCUGAGAGGGAAAAACACAUGCUGUCACCUCUUCUGUCAAAUUGUUACAGUUAUGAUGACAGGCCAGAGAGAUGUGCAGUUACACUGUACUACACUCUACCCACUGGGCACAGACGUCAAUUCAACAUCUAUUCCACGUUGGUUCAAUGUAAUUUCAUUGAAAUUACAUGGAAACAAUGUUAAUUCAACCAGUGUGUGCCCAGUGUGUAGAAGUAUAUACUAUGAGAUGCUAGAACUUACAGUAUGAAUAUUUUCACCCACCUAAACCAUGAUGAUCACACCUGUGACUGCAUUCCUGAUCAUUUCUCAAUAUGUUUUAUAGUGAAGACAUGGGGAAGAAUGGGGUCACAGAAACAAACUAAUUUGAACUAACUGAUACUGUAGUGUAGCUAUAUUUUCGCACUAAAUGCUUGAAAUCAAUCGCAAGUCAGCUUGAUGGGUCCUUAAGAGCAGAGCUGUGUGUGUGCAGGAGCAGUAAUGGCACCAGGUCCCUGACUGAAGGGCUUAUUUGAACAGUAAUAUUUACACUGUGAGAGACAGCUAAAAAUGAACAUGAGAGGUGGCACACCAGUGUAGACUGGCUUGGAAGCUCUGGGUGAGUGAGUGUGUUUUUGUGGUGUGUGUGUGUGUGUGUGUGUGUGUGUGUGUGGGUUGGUUGGUUCUUCUAUCCUUGUGGGGACCUAAAAUCCCCAAAAGUCCCCACAAGGAUAGUAAAACAAGGUACAUUAUCUUCCUUGUGGGGACAUUUCCCACAUCCCCAUGAGGACAAAGGCUAUUUUAAGCUUAGGUGUUAGGUUUAGGGUUAGGGUUACAAUUAGGGUUAGAAUUGGGGUUAGGCUAAGGGUAAGGGGUUUGGUUUAGGUUUGGGUUACAGGUUAAGGUUAAGGUUAAGGUUAGGGUUAUGUUAAGGGUUAGGGUUAGGUUUAGGUUUAGGGUUAGGGAAAAUUUGAUUUUGAAUGGAAAUUAAUUUUAGGUCCCCACGAGGAUAGAAGAACGUGUGUGUGUGUGUGUGUGUGUGUGUGUGUGGUUUUUUCUGAAGUGUCUUUCCUAUAUCUGAGAGAUAUAAGAAAGAUCAGGAAACGUUUUGGUUGUUGUUUUUUACAUUUAUUUAUCCCCAUUAUUUUAGGCACUAAACUAUCUCCAUAUAUACUUCCAUUCAUUUUUUUAACUACUCCUGUGAGGCUUGUGGGCACCCUAGAGCAAAACGGAUAACACCAUCGUGUUCGUGAGAGUCUCAUCUAUCAAUAGAGAUGACAUGGUCUGACAAACACCGCUCUAGCUCUGCCACCUUUCACCACGGAUGAGGAAGGGCGAUAUUGGCGUAUGCGGGGGAUUGAGACGCUGCCCAUGCAAAAAAACAGAUACACUAUAUAUAUAUAUAUACAAAAGUAUGUGAACAUCCCUCGAAAUUAGUGGAUUCGGCUACUUCAGCCACACCCAUUGCUGACAGGCGUAUAAAAUCAAGCACACAGCCAUGCAAUCUCCAUAGACAAACAGAAUGGCCUUAAUAGCUCAGAGACUUUCAACGUGGCUGCCACCUUUCAUAGGAUGCCACCUUUCCAACAAGUCAGUUUGUCAGUUUGUCAAAUUUCUGCCCUGCUAGAGCUGCCCCAGUCAACUGUAAGUGCUGUUAUUGUUAAGUGGAAACGUCUUGGAGCAACAACGGCUCAGCCGCGAAGUGGUAGGCCACACAAGCUCACAGAACGGGACCGCCGAGUGCUGAAGUGAAUAGCACGUAAAAUCGUCUGUCCUCUGUUGCAACACUCACUACCCAGUUCCAAACUGCCUCUGGAAGCAACGUCAGCACAAGAACUGUUCGUCGGGAGCUUCAUGAAAUGGGUUAUCAUGGCCGAGCAGCCAUGUCGCCUGGAGUGGUGUAAAGCUUGCCGCCAUUGGAAAUGCAUUUUCUGGAGUGAUGAAUCACGCUUCACCAUCUGGCAGUCUGACGGACAAAUCUGGGUUUGGCAGAUGCCAGGAGAACGCUACCUGCCCGAAUGCAUAGUGCCAACUGUAAAGUUUGGUGGAGGAGGAAUAAUGGUCUGCGGCUGUUUUUCAUGGUUCGUGCUAGGCCCCUUAGUUAGGUUCAGUGAAGGGAAAUCUUAACACUACAGCGUACACUGACAUUCUAGAUGAUUCAGUGCUUCCCACUUUGUGGUAACAGUUUGGGGAAGGCCCUUUCCUGUUUCAGCAUGACUGUGCCUCCAAAGCGUAUACAAAGCGAGGUCCAUACAGAAAUGGUGUGUCGAGAUCUGUGUGGAACAACUUGACUGGCCUGCACAGAGCCCUGACCUCAACCCCAUCAAACACCUUUGGGAUGAAUCGGAAUGCCGACUGCGAGCCAGGCCUAAUCGCCCAACGUCAGUGCCCACCUCACUAAUGUUCUUGUGGAUGAAUGGAAGCAAGUCCCCGCAGCAAUGUUUCAACAUCUAGUGGAAACCCUUCCUAGAAGAGUGGAGGGUGUUAUGGCAGCAAUGGGGGGACCAACUCCAUAUUAAUGCCCCGGAAUGAGAUGUUCGACGAGCAACUGUCCACAUACUUUUGGUAAUGUGGUGUAUCUCUAACUUAAACAGACAGAUUUGGAUGGGGAAUUGUAGGCUAAGGGUUAAAGGAAAGAAGGGAGAGGUGGAGAACAAGAGAGCUCAGAGAGCGAGAGAGAUUGAACAAGAGGGAAAGAGCCCAAAGAGAACGAGAGGCUAGAGUAACUCUGAGGAAAGAACCCAGUGAGAGAGACCAGAGAGAGAGAGAGGAAAGACUCCAGAGCCCAGAGAGAGAGAGAGCAGGGUAGAGGGACAGGCCCUAAGAUGGAGGUCUUCCUCCCAGGACGUGACAGGCUGUUGGCUGUAGGAUGCUCAGGAAGGCCUUGGCAGGCCAACAAAGACAGCCCUUCAGCUGCAGGGUGUACUUUUUCAGCUCCCAGCAUCCCCUUUGGCAGCGGCACAGAGAGCGCUGGUGUGCACAGGCCCCCGGCCCCAGAGACGGACGGACGGACGUGAAAGAACAGGCCUUCUCCCUUUUAUUUACUCAGGCUGACGAGGACCUAGGCAUUUCUUGUCUGGGUGAAGGAGGGGAAAUACAGGAGGGUCUCUCUAUCUCUCUUUCCUCUUAGGUCUCCUGGGGUUGAACAGUGCUUUCAUCUGCUGUUGUUCACACACUUGUCUUGAUGGUGUGUGUGUGUGUGUGUGUGUGUGUGUGUGUGUGUGUGUGUGUGUGUGUAUGUGUGUGUGUGUAGUGGGGGGUUGUGUGUGUGUUACCUGAGCUCUUGUCCUCAAGCACUAUCACCAUGGUGAUAUGUGAUUGCCACCCUCAGAUAUGAGAUAUGGUCAAAUAUUUUGUAUAGUAAACACAAGUAUCUCAGUAUUACUAUCUACGAGGAGUCAGUAACCACCUGUUUGUCAAAAGCAAUAUCAGUGGGCCUUUUGAAUGGUACACCAAUGUCCUUUCAAAACAAGUGGGAAUAACAACUGUACAGAGAAAGCAGCGUAGAUAUGAUUCAGAAGACAUUGGAGAACACGUGUAUAAUUAACAUACAAGUCUCUGGAAUACUGUACUCACAUGUCCAAUGUCAAUACAGCUAUAAUGUCUACACACAGAUCAGUAAUUCACUUGUGUUAAUCAACAAUGAUGCACCAUGAGAAUGUUAAUUCAAUUAGGUAUCAGACAGUUCAACUCAAAUGAUGGCCCACUUGUCUACUCCUUGUGUACAUUACUCAUGACUCCCACUCCCCCACUCUUUGGUAUGUCUGUUGACUAAUGUAUGCAGCUUAAUGUAAUAAAGACAUGAUAUACAUUUGAUAAAUAAACUAAACAAAGAAUGGAGGAGGCAGCCUUGACAGCAUCGCAAUGUCUGCCAGCCGUGCCAUCAUCAUUUAAGACAAGCGGAAUUGAAUUUAGUAUAUAUUUACUGUAUCUGGCUAUGUGUUUGUUUGUUUGUUUUGGUGUUGUUUCUUAGCCAACAUGUUUGACUGUAAGGCAUUGGUUAGGGUCAUUUCUCUCUGCUUUGCUGUCUACUCCUACCCUGGGAGAAUGUGUGUGUGUGUGUGUGUGUGUGUUGGUGUGUGUGUGGAGGAGGGCAAUCCACUGACUCACCCAUCCUCCCUACAACCAGAAAAAGCAACAUGGAUGAACUACAUAAAGAAAGCAAGUAAAUCAGGCAAGGUUUGUUUUGCUGCUCCUUGGGUUUGACUCAGAGCUUGUGCGAAGUGGGCAGUGUGCCAGGGACAGGGGGGUGAAGGGGGGUCGGAGGUGGGAGGUUUCCGGGAGGCUCAUAGUGUGGAGGUAGGCAGGUCAUCCUCAAUGUGCCGCUUUCAGCAGUUUGGAGGGGCAGGGGAAUAACCUCCGACCCCAUCUGUUUCCUGAAGAUAGGCCCUGACGGGUGUAAGUGCUCAGUGAGGGCAUGUUAUCCUGACGAAGGGCAGAUCUCUCUCCCCAGCAAAAACAACAGAAUGGGAAGGGGGGGGGGGGGGGGGGGGGGGACAGACUUAUUCGUCAGCUAAAAGAUAGCAUGGUGAAGAGGAAGGUUGGAUCCUGGAAUGAUCAAGGCUUUAUGCUUUUCCUUUGUCCGUCCCAUGAAUCUGUGCAGUUUCCUCUUGUUUUUCCCGUUCCAAGUUUUGGCCUUUUGACUUUGGCUUUCAUUCCGAAGGGGUUGGAAUUACGUUGUUUUAUUUAAAUAAGGAAGUUCACAGCACUUAGAAUUCGGCAGAGGGAAGAAGUGGUCCGUCACCUUUUGAACCUGCUGGAAACUGGUGUUCUGCAUUUUCCAUUUUAUAUCACACUGUGUUCUGUAUUACGCACCAUUGGAAUGUCAAUGAAUAACCGAUUGUGAUAAAGAGACAGUAAAUGAAAGAUAAAAGCGAUGACACGUACUUCACUGCACCUGCUUGUCCUUGGGUGAGGUAGUUAUCCUCCCCCGUGCUCCGCCCAUCUCUCUCUCUCUCUCUCUGACCUCACCCUAACCCUACACAGUGCCCCCGGCACACUCAUCUCUCCAGCACCGGCUGCCUUAUGGCUCCAUUCAGCCGGUGUUCACUCAGCUGAGCCAAUAUUCUAUAAUCUAAUAUCCAUAGACUAAUUGUCAGAACAGACCGCGUUUCCCUUACAAAGUCAUUCGUUUUGCGGUCGUGACGAGAGUGUUAUUCCUACAUAUGUGUCGACAGUGUGUUUGAAUUACUAUACAUUUAUCUGUUUAAAUUCUUGCAUAAAAUGUUCUAAGAUGUGGACUUUUGUUUUCUUCUCUCCCUUGACAUAAGGUCAUUUUAAAGUCUAUUUCUUCUAAACUAUUCAGGUAAUUUUUAAAGAAUAAUAGAAAUUGUCUCAUUUACCUCAUGUGGGGCUUACAUCUUGAAGCUCCCCAUUGCCUUGUGUUGGGGAUUAAAUGUCAGAGAGAUUGCAUUUUAAGUCACAGUGGGCUAAGCCAUUACAUGGCCACAUACAAGGUUAAUUGUGGUAAAAUAAUGUAAAUUUUUCUUUCCUUACCUGUAAUUACACUUUGAAUAACAGGUUGGAAUUUAGGUUUUUAGAUAACUCCUAAGGUGAGGAAUUGUUUCCUGUGAGAGGCAAGCAUAAUGCAGUAGCAAGAGAAAUUUUUUCCAAGUAACAACGGAAUGUAAAUUCAUACUUAGCUACCUUGCAAUUACCAUAAUGACUAAUGCCACAGCAGCCCACCUUUACUAUUUAACAGAGCUGAGACAAAUGACUUCCUAAUGCAAUCUGACAAAACACUUUCUCUCUUUCUCCCUCUCCCUCUUGUUCCUCAUUUAACUCCUGCUCUCUCUAUGCUCUACUCUUAUGCUUUCUAUUCUAUCUCUCUCUAUCUCUCGUCUACUCUCUCUAUCUACUCUCUCUAUAUCCUCUCUCUCUAUCUCUCUCUCUCUCUCUCUCUCUCUCUCUCUCUCUCUCUUUCUCUCUCUCUGUAUCUCUGUAUCUCUGUAUCUCUGUACAGACAGUGUUGAUCUCGAGGAUGAUCCUUCCUGUUCUUGGCCUGCAUCAUCUCCAUCCAGUAAAGACCAGACUUCCCCCGGCCACUGUGAAGACUAUGAUUUUGGCGAGGAUGAAGGGGGCCCCGGCCUACCGUACCCGUGCCAGUUCUGCGACAAGUCCUUCAGCCGUCUGAGCUUCCUGAAGCGCCACGAGCAGAGCCACGGUGACAAGCUCCCCUUCAGCUGCACCUUCUGCAGCCGCCUGUUCAAGCACAAGCGCAGCCGCGACCGCCACGUCAAGCUGCACACCGGCGACAAAAAGUACCACUGUGGUGAGUGCGACUCGGCCUUCUCACGCAGCGACCACCUCAAGAUCCAUAUGAAGACCCACGCCUCCAACAAGCCCCACAAGUGCCCCGUGUGCCGCCGGGGCUUUCUCUCCUCCAGCUCCCUCCAUGGACACAUGCAGGUCCACGAGCGGGGCAAAGACGGUGGUGGGGGGGGGGCAGGCAGCGGCCUCUCCAGGGAGGAGUGGAAGCUGAAGGAGACGAGGAAGUGCAGCCGCUGCGAGGAGGGCUUUGAUGUCCCUGAGGAGUUGCAAAGGCACAUCACCGAGUGCCACCCCGAGUGCUCGCCGUCGGAGGACGGGGGCCUGUGUGGCGCCUUGCAGUGCAUCUACUGCCACGAGCCCUUCAGCGACGAGGGUGUCCUGCUGACCCACAUUGACCAGGCCCACAGCCGCGACCGCAAAGGUCACAACUGCGCCGUCUGCUCUGAGCACUUCCUCUCUGUGGAGGACCUCUAUGCCCACAUGGAUGUCCACCAGCUCCCCGAGUCCAGUAACCACAGCAACAGCCCAUCCCUGCUCACUGUGGGCUACACCUCUGUCUCCAGCACCACCCCGGACUCCAACCUCUCCGUCGACAGCUCUACCAUGGUGGAGGCCGCCCCGCCCGUACCCAAGACCCGUGGGAGGAGGAAGAGGGCCGCCCAGCACACCUCACACGACGUUGGGGGCCGCUCGUCCAAGCAGCCCAAGAUCUCCUACAGCUGUAUCUACUGCAACAAGCAGGUGUUCUCUAGCCUUGCCGUGCUUCAGAUACACCUGCGGACCAUGCACCUGGACAAACCCGAGCAGGCACACACGUGUCAGUUCUGCCUGGAGGUGCUGCCCUCCCUGUUCAACCUGAACGAGCACCUGAAGCAGGUGCACAAUGCCGAGGACCAUGCCACCCUGCUGGGCAGCCUGCCUGACACCCUGCUUCAGUGUAACUUCUGCACCGAGGUGCUAAGUGACCUCAACGCUCUUCAAGAACACAUCCGCUGCUCCCACGGCUUCCCCAGCCCCGUGGCUAAGGAGAGUAAUGCCUUCUUCUGUCCCCAGUGCUUCAUGGGGUUCCUGACUGAGGCCACCCUGGAGGAGCACGUCCGUCAGACCCACUGCGACGGGGGCAGCCUGCGUUUUGACUCCCCCCUAGAGGUGACCCCCAAGGAGCCCAUCGUGGAGGUGUACUCCUGCUCCUACUGCACCAACUCACCCAUCUUCAACAGCGUUCUGAAGCUGAACAAGCAUAUCAAAGAAAACCACAAGAACAUUCCUCUGGCGCUGAACUACAUCAACAAUGGAAAGAAGUCUCUGCGUACCCUCAGCCCCUCCUCACCCAUAUCGAUUGAUCAAUCUUUCCUUCAUGGUUCCUCCUCUCGCGGCAAUCGUGGCACUAGUGAGUUCAUCUGCAACCAGUGUGGGGCCAAGUACACCAGCCUGGACCUGUUCCAGACACACCUGAAGACUCACCUGGAUGGGAUGCAGCCCCAGCUCACCUGCCCCCAGUGCAACAAGGACUUCCCCAACCAGGAGUCCCUGCUGAAGCAUGUGACGGUCCACUUUACCAUCACCUCCACCUACUAUAUCUGCGAGAGCUGCGACAAGCAGUUCACCUCGGUAGACGACCUGCAAAAACACCUGCUGGACAUGCACACGUUCGUGUUCUUCCGCUGCACCCUCUGCCAGGAAGUGUUUGACUCCAAGGUGUCCACCCAGCUCCACCUGGCCGUCAAGCACAGCAACGAGAAGAAGGUGUACCGCUGCACAUCCUGCAACUGGGACUUCAGGCACGAGGCUGACCUGCAGCUACAUGUCAAGCACAGCCACCUGGAGAACCAGGGCCGGGCCCACCGCUGCAUCUUCUGCGGGGAGUCAUUCGGCACGGAGGUGGAGCUGCAGUGCCACAUCACCACCCACAGCAAGAAGUAUAACUGCCGCUUCUGCAGCAAGGCCUUCCACGCCAUCGUACUUCUGGAAAAGCACCUGAGGGAGAAGCAUUGUGUGUUCGAGGGCAAGGCCCAGAACUGUGGCGCCAAUGGAUCCACCACCGGAGGAACGGACCACCACCCGGCGGCCAAGGAUGACGCAGAGCUACAGGGUCUCCUGACCAACAGCCAUGGUGCAGGGGCGGCAGGUUCAGGGGGCGUGUUGGAGUCCCCAAACAACCAUGAUGGGAGUGAGGAGGAAGUGGACACCGCUGACCCCUUGUUCGGGUGUGACAUCUGCGGGGCGUCGUACACCAUGGACUCCCUCCUCACCAACCACCAGCUCCGAGACCACAACAUCCGCCCGGGUGAGAGCGCCAUGGCGAAGAGGAAGUCGGACAUGAUCAAGGGCACCCACAAGUGUAACGUCUGCCAACGCACCUUCUUCUCAGAGGCAGGUCUGAGGGAACACAUGCAGACCCACCUGGGCCCCGUCAAGCACUACAUGUGUCCCAUCUGCGGAGAACGUUUCCCCUCGCUGCUCACGUUGACUGAGCACAAGGUCACCCACAGCAAGAGCCUAGACACGGGCAGCUGCCGCAUCUGCAAGAUGCCCCUGCAGAGCGAGGAGGACUUCAUGGAGCACUGCCAGAUGCACCCCGACCUGAGGAACUACCUGACGGGCUUCCGCUGUGUGGUAUGCAUGCAGACCGUCACCUCCACCCUGGAGCUCAAGAUCCACGGCACCUUCCACAUGCAGAAGACCGGCACCAUGUCCACCAACCACCCCAUCGGCCGCACCACCAAUCUGGCCUCCCACCACCACAACCAGCAUCACCACCAACAACACCACCAGGCCAACCAGAAACUCUUCAAGUGCGCCUCGUGCCUGAAGGAGUUCCGCUCCAAAUCUGACCUGGUGAAGCUGGACAUCAACGGGCUGCCGUACGGGCUGUGUGCCGCGUGUGUCAGCGCCGCCGGCUCAAAGAGCUCCAGCCCCACGGUUAUGAACGGAGGCAGGCAGCAGCAGCAGGGAGGGGGAGGGGCUACGACCCCAGCCAUGCCUGUAACAGCAUGGACCGCUCAGACGGAGAGACUCAGCCCCAGAGAGGGGAAAGGCAAGCCACCCCAUUCAUCCUCAUCGCCCUCCUCCUCUAUCUCCUCGACCGCCGCCAAGACGCGGUGCACCAGCUGCAAUGUGAAGUUUGAGUCGGAGGCUGAGCUGCAGAACCACGUCCAGAAGGUGCACAGGGAGCAGGGAGGGGACAGCAACAGCGGGCAGCUCAGGACCCCACAAGUCUCCCCCAUGCCCAGGGCCAGCCCCUCACAGACUGAGGAGGUGAGGGACCUUAAUACAAUGGAGAUGAACCCAAUGGGCCAGUUUCCCGGACAGAGAUUAAACCUAGUCCUAGACUAAAAAACUAUUUCAAUGGAGAUUCUUAAUUGACAAUGCUUUUUAGUCCAGGACUAGGCUUAAUAUGUGUCUGGGAAACCCAUAUAUUAAAUAACUAAUGUGUUAGAAAAUGUCCAAAUUAGAAAAGUAUCCACGUUUUUUGAUUGUCUAGUCAGCUUGUUGAUUAACCGCACACAUUAGUUAUAGGAUUUCUAGCCAAAGAAGUGCUCAGUAAGUCCUCUGAGUGCUCAGUAAGAAUGUGACAUUGACGUAGUCUAAAACCCUGUGUCCUUGUGUUGUCCUUUUCCCUUGGUUUCUUGCUUAGAAGAAGACCUACCAGUGCAUCAAGUGUCAGAUGGUCUUCUACAGCGAAUGGGACAUCCAGGUCCACGUGGCCAACCACAUGCUAGGUAAGGUUAUUCAGUUCUUAUUUUCUCUCUAUGCUUAUGGUCACUUGUUUUGAGGAACUGUCUAAAGUAGUCAAACAAAGGAAUAUCUGUUCAAUAUAUUGUUUAUUAUUCAACAUAUUUCCCCAAGAUAUUCCAUUUAUAUUUCAUUUUGGUCAUUUAGCAGACGCUCUUAUCCAGAGCAUAUUAUUACACGUGGCUUUACAUCUUUCACAUUCUCCCUAUAGUGUAGUACUAAAUACACCCUUUGAUGUAAUACAAAUAAUUACUGUUAGCAUAAAUAUAUCAUAUUCAAGCCUCUAUUUUGAUACCUUGUGAAAUGAUGAUGAUAGCCUCUGUGAAACACAAGCAUGAACAUUGUGUGUGUGCCUGCUCUUGAUUUUCAGAAAUGUUUGUCUGUCAAUGCUGAAAUGCCUGAUCCUGUAUGAAAUGUAUAAAAACAACAAUGUAGAUCCAAUUUGAUACGCUAAGUUCAUUGAACACAUUCUAGAUAAAACACUUUAAUCAAAUGUUAUUCAUUAUUAUUCUGAAAGCUUGAUUCCAACGCAAAGAGUACACUCUUCUGUUCUAUAAUUCUCAAACGUCUUUACUUUUGGCUUUCAUUUGUAUGCAGGUAGAAUUAUUUGCAGCGAAUACACAAUUCAAAAGCCAGGCUUCUUUCUUUCUUGCCUGUAGUAAGUAGGUGUCUGAAUUCUAGUCUCACCUUCCUUUAUUCAUUCAUUUAUUCAUCUCGUUUGGCGGCUCUUUCAUUACACUGCAUUAUCUGUUGUCUUCAGUGGGAGAGAGACUCAUUGAUCUGGAACCAAACCGCCUCUCUGUUUGGGAUGCGCUCCUAGGCGCAGGUGAAUUUAAACACGGCGGGCAAUUCUAUCAGGACCACUGGGCAAUUCUAUCAGGAACACACUGUUUGUGCAUAAACAAUCACAGGCAUGUGAUUUGUGAUUUUGACGGUGUGCUGUGUGUGUGUGCAUGUGCUUGUGUUUGUGUGUGACUGAAAGUGUGUAAAUGUGUGGUUGGUUUGUAUUAAUCUGAUCUGCUCUCUCUACACUCUACUGGGGGUGCCUAAUACAACACCAUGCUAGCACUAGUCCUUUCUCUAUCACAGGCUGGCAUGGUGCAUGCUGUUUUGGUACAAAACAACCCCCCUACUGGUUACAUUAUGUCUUUCAGCCACACAUACUUCCCCCUUAAUGUUAGAAUCCAAACAGCUUCAGAAAAAGAAUGGAUAGACGAUUGGUUUAUUGAAGGAUGUCCUACUUUUCUGACUCUAUUCAGAAUAAAUACAAGUGUGCGAUGGAUCAAAAUAAAAUAUUGAUAUAUGGAAUGCACUUUAUAUAAAAUUAUACACUUCAAAUAGAUCAAAUUGAAAUAGAUAUAAACAAUAAAUGAUUACUAAUUGCCUUAACUUAUGUUAUUACACCAACAUUGUUCGGAGGUGACCUUGGUUGUAUAUGCUGAGGAAUGUCUCUCUCUGCUCUCCCUAUCCAACAAUGGGAGGGUUAAACCCGGAGCAGGCUGUAAUUACCACAAAGCUAAUUUGCCCCCCAAAAAACUGAAAACCCCACCUUCCUGAUUUAGAAAAAGCUCUAAAUACCUUCUCUCUCUCUCCCUGAUAAAGGGACACUUUCUCUCUUUAAUGGCCAUCUGUACAGGACAGGGGAAACGGGGGUCUGGGGUCAUCUCCGCUCAGCUGUCAGCGUUAUUAGCCUAGGUAAUGGAGCAGUCGCUGGAUUCAUAGGGGUGUUGUUUUCAACCCAUGCCCCGCACCACUCCUGCCCCCCUCCGCACUGGUGUCGCUUCACACUGAUAACUCUAUAUAUAGUGAUGUGGCGUGACAUUCCACGAUCGCUAAGUGUAUGGAAUAACAGAGCCCGAGAAUUGUCUCACCGACCGAGACAGGUCAAUCUCAGCUGUCUAUCGUUGUAAUACAAUAGUCUCCGAACGUAAGCCAAGUGCACUCUGUCUCCCCCUUCCUUCCCUCUCUCCCCCAUCCUAACCAAAAGGCUAGCUUUUCCUCUCUCCCCCAUCCUAACCAAAGUGCUAGCAAGCUAGUGUCCUCCUCUGCCAGCACAUUUUGAUGCAUGGAUAUUAUGCUCGGAUGAUGACAGACCAACCUCCUAUUCUCCAACAGACAGAAAGCACAGCUCUGGUGGGGGGGGGGGGCUGUAGGAGGAGUGUGCACUACACUGCAGACAAGCCCUAGCCUGGUUAAACCAGAAUGAACCAUUGUCCCCCAUGCGAAUGCAGCAUUCAGUCUGGUUUAACCAGGCUAGACCAGCCCUGGCCAAGCCCUGGAAACAGCCCCAUGUGUCUUAAGAUGGAAGCCGCAGCCUGCUAGGGCCCAGAUGGAUCAGUACACAUUUGCUGUACAGCUGGUCGCUCUGUUUGGGGACCUGGUGUGAUACUCCUAUGGAGAAAAAAAUGAUAUCGCCACCAUCCAAGGAGCAAUUUAAUAGCAGCACAGAAGACAGCUGGCCACUCUUUAGUUUAGAGUUUUUUUUUGGCAUGGCGCACUUACAGAAUUGAGGGUGUCCGAUUCAUCUCCAGAGACAAACAGAUUUAUACUGUUUUCAGCUGUUGUGGUCAUCAACCCACAAAUCCCUCAUUUGUAUCUUUCUUUGUGUAGGAUGUUGAAUAUGGCAUUCCACAUCUUCCACACAGACACAACAACAAUUUGUGUCAGUCAUCUAUUUGGGUUGUAUGAGACAAAACUCUCUGACAUUUGUUUUCCAGUUAUAUUGUUUGUUUUGAACUGUUUGCCUUUGAAGGUCUUUCAUAUGUCAGUUAAGCCUGUUGGGUUUUAACCAGCAGGCCAUCACCUCUCCACAGAGCUUCACUUUAACCUCCCUGUGAACUCUGACAUUUGGAAAAUCAUGGGGGGGACUUUUGACCCAUUUAUCCUAAUGUUCCAAAUACCCCUGUGUGGAUUUCAGGUGACCACUGACACGUUUGUAAAGCAUGGGCACUGAGCAUGGUGCUUAAAAGGUGAAAAAGGGUCCCACAUUUUCACAGUUUUGGUUUUCACUCUGAUCCUAUCUUUUUACACUAGUUCAGCCCAAGUGGCUACUCCAGCCAAGGUGGCAAGGCUCAGAAGGACAAUCAUAAACAAACAAACCCUGGGCAGCACAUUCCAGAAAGUGGUUUUGGGGUCACCUCUACCGGUUUUUGGGCUGGUGACAAGACAACGCUGAGCCUGCAGCCAAAUCAGGGAGGAGCCUUCUACCUCUCACAGAGCGAAGCCGGUGGCCUGGUCAGCCUGGGCGGAGGGGGGUGGGGGACGUGGUUCGGGGGCGGAGAGGGAAAGGCACAUUUGCUGUACAGCUGGCCGCUCUGUGUGAAGCGGGGCACUGUGGGCCGUUACAGAGCUGGAGAGAGGAGGGUGAGGAGCAUGAGGUCUCUAGCCCUCCUACAGUUUCUACCUCUCUCUGUUAUCUCUCCGUCCCUGACUCUCCCUGACUCCGUUUUUCAUACUAACCACCAAUCUGGCAACCCUUACUGUGUUUGGCUUUUAGUGAUGAUAGUGUAAGCUGGAAAGUAUAGCUAUAUUUUAGAGCUAAAAAGCCUGUUUAUUUUUUCAUACUAUCUACCAAUCUGGCAACCCUUAUUGUGUUUGCCUUUUAGUGAUGAUAGAGUAAGCAGGGAAGUAUAGCAGUAUUGGAGGCUAAAAGGCCUCUCUAAAGGGCUGCAAAUUACCCCUGACAUAUAUCCUCCUUGUUUUGGGUCCCUGGAGCAGCUUGGGUGUGUUGAUUAUGCCGUCUCUGUCACUGUCUCUUCUUCACUGGUGGUGACACACUCACUCACUCACUACUCCAUUAAAGAACAUUUAUUUUCAUGGUGCGUAAAGAAAUGUAAUGGUUUUAUUGUUGUUUUUCUCCCCAAAUGUCCUGCCCUGAAAUCCUCUUUUGAUUUGCUUGUUAUUACCACGAGACAGCAUAACAGUAAGACAUAGCCUACCUGUGCUCUGCAGUGAAUGAAAGUCAUUAAUAAGGCGCAAACACAUGUAAUCUGUUAACAAACAUAGUGGAACGAGCUUCUCAUUUCACUCCUAGGGGUCUGGAACAGACUCCAAAACCCAAUAGUAAACACAACACACCACAGCAACAGGAACUGGAUCAAUGUUAUGAAAUAAAUAAGAGAACAGACCAGCCCCACUCCGACCAGCCCAGACCAGCCACUGGAAACAAAAGGAAGCCAUGCGUACUGUAUACAGAGUAGACUGAGUGUGAUUUCCUAGCCUGCUUUUUAGUAAUUGGUGAUUAAUAAUAAUGCCUCUCCGUUCGUUAGCACAGUCACCUCCCAUUCAGCCGAGUGUGCUGCUGCUAAUAUGCAAUUAAGCGCACCUUCCUUCCCGUUAAAUUCUACCUCUCUGCCUGACUAAUGUGGCGUCCAUGAGGAGAAUAGUGAAACAGGCUGCAAAGAAAGAUACUUCCUAUCUUUAGUUUCGACACAUUCAAUUGCACAGUUUUCCCUCAUGGAUUCUAGCUACUUCCUUUAACUCAGAGACUGUCUGCAUUAAAAACUUUUAUGGCAUUGCGGUGAAGGUACUCUUCCUGGAAAGAUAUGUUUGUUGUAAAGCAGAGGUAAUUGACAUCACCGUUGGGAUAGUCUGUUGCUAGGUCAGACAAGCUCAGUCUGAUGUGGUCCUUAUCUAUAGAUUUUCUUGACAUUUCCCCACACCUCACAGACUAGGCCAACAUGUGAGAAAAUAUGUGAUGCUCCCACAGUUCAUACGGUUUGUUUGCACAAGCUUUGAGCGAACAAUGUCUGGACUGGUAGGCAAAUGAUUGGUAGGCAGAUGUCAGGUCACCAUGGUGAUUCUAUUUUGGCAAAUCCUUUUGAGGAGAUACUGUUGCAGUACUCUAUCUCAUUGUUAUCACCUACACACAGUAUACAAUUGCUUUUUGCUUUUUUGAAAUCUUACCUCAGAAUAGCAUUAUCUUAGAAUUAAAAACCUAAUGAAGAUUUCGGUUGUUGUAGCUCUAGCCCAGCUACCACGUAACUUGGUUGCUCUGCCGACCUGGAAUGAGCUCGAGGUAGAAAGCUCAUUCUUCCUGUUCUCCGAUCCUGGCUCCUCUAUGUUUUAUUAAUAUACAGGAGGGAUGUCUCCUUUAGAGUGUUAAUGCCAACCCUUGUUCUGAAGUGCCCUAUAAAUACUGGAUGAUCAGAAUUAACCUCUCCAGUCCUGUCCCUCCCUGGAGGUUCCGAGAUGUCACAGAGGCCAUCGGAGCAUGCGCAGCACGGCCCGCCCCGGUCCAAGAGGGUUGCUAAGCAGUCAGACGGGGAGGGGGCUUAUGGGAGCAGUGCAAACAGACAGCUCUGCCUUCGUAAAGGUCAACGGUGCAACCCACACCUCUCAAAUCCCAGACCGGCGUCACAUAGUGUGACCCAGACUCUAAGCGUGCCUGGAGAGAGAUGCCUCCCUCCGGCCUGCAUGGGGAGAAUUACAGGCCUAACGUUGUGUUGUGGUAGACUGACUAUGGCUUUAGAGGUUGUCACCACCAAUGGUAGAGUCACUAAUCUAUCUUAGUCUGGUUUAUCUAUGUAGUCCUUUCCUGUUGGUGUCAGCUGGGAGAAUAUACAGUAGUACAUCCAGUUGAGAUGUAAGAUAACUAUUUUGCUGGAAAGCAAAUACAGAGAAAACAUUCCAGUGGUAAAGCCGUAUCACAAUGAGCCAAAGAGAUACCCAAUGUAUCCACAAAGUUUUGGAACACUGUUUAUGGGGCACAAUUGGUCUUUCCAAAGUGCUGUGUAACGAUUGACUGUUGUCAUCAACGCUCGGUGUGUGAACGACAGACAUGGGAGGAGAGGGAAGGGGGGGUAGAGCGUGAGCCCCUCAAAAGGCCCCCCAGCGUCAAAGCCUUAAUAAUCAUGUGAGCGGCACUGGACUUCAUUACCCUCCUGUUCGACAGGCGGAGUGCCAGCCUGGAUCGCUCCCUGGCUGUGGCAAGGUCAACGUCGGAGGAAAAACCAGUUACUGUGUUCCUCCAGAGCGGGAGCAGAAUGGGAGUGGAGGAGAGGGGCUGCCAUCUGUCAGCUCGGGCCUGCCAUACCCGCAGAGCAAAUGGACACGGGCGGCCAGAGGAGAGGCCACAGACACAUCUCGC